GCCAGCGAUUGGAAGUUCCUCGCCCAGGCGGCUGCGCGUCCGAUUGGAGUUUUGCUUUCCACACUUCGACGCGGGCUUCAAAAAUACCCCUGGACUCCCGGAGAGGGAGGAGUAAGUGGGAAGCGCUCUCUCGCUCCCGCUCGCAGGCAGAGUCCGCGAAGGCAGCGGAAAGAAGCUUUGCUCCGAGUCCGGCUGUCGCCCAGCUGCGAGGGACGGUCUGAGGGGCUGCUGCUGCUGCUGCCGUCGUUCGCCCCGCUGCCUUCCGAAGCCCUCGCCCGCUGCGAACGGAGCCGCUCCUCGCGCUCUGAGGCGCCUCCCGCCUAGUGGAGCUGAGGCGGCGCUCCUACUACCCACGCCUUCCCUCAGAAAGAUGCUGCUGGGCUUCGAGGCGUCUGAGGCUACAGCUCCCAGCCAGGUCCGAGGAGGGCGCGCUCAGCCCUGAAGCGGAGGGAGAGGGAGAAGCGCGGCCACCGGCUCGCCGGCCCCGCAACCACCAGCAGCCCGGGCUCCUUCCCCGCGCCUGCCCUUGCCCUUCUCUAUGGGGUUCCUCAGCGAAGGUGAGCAGCGCCCAAGAGGAAGGCACACCUGCCCAUGGAGUUUCUGACUGGGAGCGCCGACCUGUAGCCGAGCCGGGUGGGAGCGCCCCGCGCCACGAGCAACCUUUGCCCAACCCUCUUAUUGCCCUCUUCCCCCCCCCUCGCAACAUGCUACCUGCCCUGACAUCGACCAGGCGCCUCGCUCCCGGGUUCCCGCCGUUCUCUUUCGCCGUCCUUCCGAGGAGGCUGCCCGGAGGCCAUCGUCGGGGCGACUUGAAAGUGCAAUAAUUAAGAGCCCGCGCGCCGCCGCCAGUGACAUUUGUUGGCUCGCUUGUUUGUAAACAAGAAGACGCUCGGGAGCCCUUGCCUCCCAGGCAGGUAUUUCUGCCGCCCUCCCCCCUCCCUCCCCACUCCGCCGCCUCCUCUUCCUUCCCCUCCGAAAAGGCCGAGAGACGGGAACUUCGUACAGGGUUACUAUGCAAUUGCGACUGGUUUCUUGGGUCUUUAUCACUUUGAACUUGAUGGAAUACGUCGGCAGCCAGCAGAACCCUUCCAGAGUCCGGCGGCAGGGAAGUAAGUGCGCCCUUUUUCCUGGUGCGGGGCUGGGAAGGGUAUGGGGAUCACCUGUUGAGGAUCUCUCGCUUCUCUCGUGGUGCCGGGGAUGUCCCAGGGGGAGUCACGCUGAGGGGGGGAAAGGUAUUUUGGUACGGCAGCAGCAGGUCUCGGGCAACCCGACCCUCUGCAUAUUGGCUCGCUUGCAGCCUCGGUGAACGACGCUGUUCCUUAGCCGCGCAGCGCUAAGAAGUAUGUGCCGCUGGUCUCUUCUCCACGAAGUGCCGCGCACAGGGCUGCGGAACUCAAGGAGACUUGUCUCAAAGGAACGUGGAUAGGAUCGCACUGCGCAGUUUUUUGUUUUUUUAAAAAACAAAGCUUGCAUAGAGGAGCAAAGGAGGAUCACGCCCUUCUUGGGAAGCUUUCUCCCAACCAACUUAGAAACACAUCAUCACUGUUUCACACUAUCAUAAAGAUUGAACUAAAGCUAUUUUCCUUAUGUAUUGUACGAUGCAUUCCACACACACGUGGUUCAGGAUCUAGGAGGCAUCUCGGUGUCUCCCUCGGUAAUGCAGCAAAGGGUCGCGCAGGUUCCUUUUGGGUGCCUCGUGAUCUUUGCCUGGCGGUUUGAAUGGGAUCUGCCUCCCACUUAAGUGAAUAGGGGGCAAGUUGAUACUGUCUUGGAUGAGUGCUACUACGCUGUACCUAGUAAAAAAGGAAGAAUAACGUUGACCCCAAGCAUCUUUUCUCUUUAUCCCUGGUGGUUACUCGGCUUUGUAAUUUCUCUGAAAUUUGGGGGUGAGAGAAGCAUCCAGUUUACGCAUCUCUGUAGGUUAUUAUAACAUCACAUUUUUACAAUCAGAAGGUGGCAGAGAGGGCCAAUCUGAAAAAUGGAAACAUGUUAUACAUCAAAUAAUGGUGACAAUGUUCUACUAGCGAGCAGGAGUCGGCUAAAGUUAAGCACGUUGCAGGUUUGCCUCCAAAGCUAAGUGCAUCUGAGUUAAGUUGGAUUUGCAGGCCCCAUUGAUUUCAAUAGGCGAGAUGAAAGCACCGGACAGGAGCCCAGCUGAAGUUCGUGCAAGAUCGAAAAGUGCCCCUGGAUCGUGCCCCUGUUUAAUUCACACGGGCAUCGUCCUCGGAGGAGUUCGGAGACAUCGUUGGAAGUGUGUGUGUUGGAAGCGUGGGGCUGUGGGUUGUGUGUGUUUUCCACCGAAGGAAGGCCAAAGCGACCCUGUUUGAACCUUGGAUUCCAGUAGAUUGGCCUGGUCAGAUUACGCAGGAGACACUGGUGAAGUUUGUGGCGAAUGGGGCCAUUCUUUCCAGGUUAGACAACAUCUAGGUAGGACUUGCCCGUCAAUGAGCCUCAAGGGAGAAGGCAGGGCGAGUGGGUAGAGGGGUUGAAUGAGAUAAACCCAGAUGAGCGGGUGCAAAUUUGGUCUCUCCUCUUCAUUUCGUGCAGUCUACUAGGAAUCUCUUUCCUCCGUCGACCUCGAUGGGGAUCCUCCUCCCCUCCCAUAUCUCCCCAAAGGCCCUUCCUAGAGAGCUGGGCGAGAUGUUUCUGAGCUUCCUUUGGCGCUUUGUACUACUUGGUGAAAGGGGCUGUGUAUUUCCCUCUUGCUUGACAGCUGUGCCCUGAUAGGAGAGGCCAACACACACAGCAGCCUGUUUUCAUUCCGCCGCCCCCCCUCCAAAAGUACACAAGGUUAUUUCCUAGGUUUUGCCCAGCCUUCCCUUUCCCCACCUUGGCACAAGUAUCCCUUGAAAGCUUCCUUUGUGCAUCGGCUUCUCGAAAACAAGGUCUGAUUCACCGAAAGUGCCCUGGAAAUAUCGCUUUCGCGAGGGAUCUCUCCGGGCACGCUCGUGUCCGCUUCUCCAGAAUGAAAGGCUGACGACGCGACGCCCUCUUGUUGCCCCGGGGCCACGGAGCGGUUCGUUUCCUCCAGAGCUCCCCAGAGCCCCUUGAGCCCCUUGAGCUGUUGCGAGAUCUGGACGUGGUUUCAGACUUGGCAAGUACUGGAAGGCACAGCACACCUUUCAGAAAAGGAGGUGCUGAAGGUUCCUCGUUCAAACAGUGCUAUCUAGAUUGACCGAUGCUCUGGUUCAGUAUAAAGCAGCUUCCUCCGUAGAAGGGGGAACCUUCUUUCUCUCUUUCUCAGGCAAUAAGCAUCUGACUAAGGACUGAUCCGAGAAAGACGUUUCGGCAUUUGGUUUUCUACAUAUCUGGACUCCAGUAAAUAGACUUAUCCAGGAGAAGUAAGGAAAUCGUUCUGCAAGACCAAACUAGCCCCGAUUCCUGCGCUCCUCUCUCAUAUAUGAGGUGGGGCUGUGGGGCGAGCUGUUUGGCACAAACUUUAGGCUUGCACAUCAUGGAGCGGUGAUCUGCACGCUUGUCUCCGUGGGGCACCACAGAUCUAACGCGGAGGACUGGACUUUCGCUUCUCCUCCGACGCGGUGCUUACAUCGGAGUCUUCGGCACGCAGAUCAGCCCCAUUAAGUUCAACUGGGUAGGAUAGGGUUGCUGCCUCACAUAGCUGCCCCUCAUUGAGUGCAGAGCGAUUAAGUGUAUGCCAGUGUAUUCGAAAUGUUCAUUCAUUUCGUAUGUCAGGCAGCCGAGAGCGCGCGGGAGUAUCUGAUAUUACUUACUCAUGGGGGAAAAAAGCAACGCCCUGAGUUAUUCGUCUUCUUGGCAUAUGAGGAUAUGUUGUUGUCUCUUUUAGUUCGAAAGGACUGAGGAUAAAUUUGUUAGAUGGUGAUGGUGGCACGUUGUUUGGGCGUCAUCUGCUCAGCCCAAGGUGGUUUGCUUUCUCCAAAGCCCAAGGAUCUCGCCCUCCUUCCCCCUUGCCCUGAAUCUCCAGAGUUGUGAAAGGCGCGACCCCUGGCGUCCGCUGCAAUAAGAGGGAGAGGGAGGGAGGGAGGGUGCGCUCUUUGCAGGUGCGGGCUCUUUUCAUAGGGAACUUGUCCCAAAACUACGGAAAAUUCAGGGAUGCAGGGGUGUGGUGUGGCCGGCCGAGCUGCGAGCGCCAGUGUGUUGGUUUGACCCCCUACCCACCCACCUGGCUUCGUCCCCUACCGAAGCUUUUCCGUUGACUUCAAAGGCAACUAUAUAGGUCCUUAAACUUGGAUUUGGAGACAAUGAAACAACCUCCCCCGCACGCGCACACACAACCAAAAAACGAGCGCGGGGAUCAGAUGACGAUGACGAGAUCAGAAGAACAGAUGUUUAAACAGCACGGUAGAGAAUAGCUUCUUAUCGCUCUUACAAACUAAUCAGGCAGCGCAAAUCAGGCAGAAGAUUUACUUCAAAGGCAGAUACACCCCUUACUUGACUUCAGACCAGAGAGAGAGAGAGAAAUAUUCAAGGAGAACCAACGGGUGCAAUUUUAGAAGAUGGCUGGGAAGGGGAUUGCUACAUCUGCCUUCUUUAUGCAUCUCAAUGAAUGGUGGGAGCCAUAUAAAAAGGAGCCUUGGGGCUGUAAUAAUAUGUUGCUCAUUACUCAUCAUGCUGCUGGUAUUUUCCAAACUCCCCAGCCUCGUUGUCAAUAAUUAAACCCAUCAAUCCCAGCACAUGCAAGUCCUGGAGGGGGGUGUCCAGUGCUUCUUCCUCUGCCCACAGAGCAUCUGUAGCAUGAGAGACAGAAUGUUGUGGGGUUAUUUGUUGAUGGAGGAGAGGCAGGCAGCAUGCUGUCUCCAAAUGGGACUUAAGUAGAGGGUAAGACGUGAAGGGGACUGGUCCCUCCCUCCCCCCAAAUUCCCAACUUCAGUCCAGGAACUUGGGAAGCAGGCAAAGAACAAUAGGGAAUAUGGGAAGGGGAAAAGUCCAAUAAAUUAGGAGGGAAUUGGGGGUGGGGUGGGGGUGUCCUGCUGCUUUCUGUUCACCCCUCCCAUCCCAUCCACCUCACCUGUGAAACGUUAUGUUAUGUCUGGGAUCCAGACAAUGAAGAUUUUUUUGACAUUUUCCUCCUUUGAGCCCCAGAACCUCAGGCUAAACCAUAAACUGCUUUUGAAACUCUUUUAAGUUUUAGACUAUAAGACUUUGACUUAUGACUGAGAAAGCUAAGACAGUUAAACCACAACCAACAGAAGAACGGGGAAACUACUUCAACCACAAUGCAAUAAAAUGGUGCUAUAUGGUAAAAAAAGAACCCUCUUCUUUAGUGGGCAGCCAGUUCAAAAAGAACCUAAGCAUAAUUGUGUCCUGUAUUCAUAGGGGUUUGGCAUUAUUUGGCUCUGUACACCAUACAUCUAAAACACAUUUUUCCACACCUGCCAAAGAAUUAUGAGAACUCUUGUUUACAGCUCACAGAGCUACAAUUCCCAGCAUCAUUAACAAACUACAGCUCCCAUGAUUCUUUGGGGUUUGUGCUUUAAAUGCGCUAUAAAUUCAUAGUGUGUACACAUACUAUGUAUAAACAAAAAAUGGUCUUUCAGCAUUAAGUUUUUAAAAUGUUUUAUAAGACAGAUAAUGGUGAAAAUAACAGGCUAUCAAUACAACCAAACAAAUAUUCUUUACCAUAUUUCCCCAUAUGAACCAACCUGGACCCUGUGAUCAUGAUCUGAGGCCCUUCUUUGUGUACCUCCUCCAUGAAAGGUCUAGAGGGUGGGCAACAUGAGAAUGGGCCUGCUCUGUGAUGGCUCCCCGCCUGUGGAAUGCUUUCUCCAGGCAGACUCACCUGGCGCCUUCAUUACAUAUGUUUAGGUGCCUCUUCUCCCAGGUCUUUGGAUAACGACAAUAAUGCUCAUUUAAUUAAUCACAAUGAAAAAGGGAAAAUAUUUGUACUCCCUCUUUUACAAUACACAGAUUUCCUGUGCUGUCAAACUUGCUUGUAAAUAUAAAUUGGACUUUUGAAAAUUGUCCUUUCAGAGAAAGAGAACAAAUAUUUUCUAAUUUUCACUCUUUGGAUCUGUCAAAAUACUUUGGGGCUAAGCCUAAAGAAAUUAGUAGCCUCACCGCAUUGUCAAUAGAGCUACUCACUCCCUGUUACCUACAUCUCCUUCUCCACUGAAGUCAAACAUCCAUUUCAAUUAUAUAUAACACAGUGAAAAACCAUUGAAAAAUAUCAGCUGUAUAGGUUUACAUUAUAAAGGACUCUGAAGGAGAGUCUGUUUAUGGAGAAAUCACCUGUCUAAAGUUAAGUAAAUACCUAGUUUGAUGCAGUUAAAGCACCAGUCAACUUUUCCUGAUCCAUUUUCUUAACAUGUUACAUGUAUGCUCAAAGUAGAUUCUGCUAAGAAACAAGCAAGCAAAAUCUGCAAAACUGUUUACAAUUACCAAGUAGAAAUAGGAGUGCAUAUAUAUCUUUUGGGAGAGAAGUUGUUUGAAGUUGCGGACCCACUCGCAGCGACCCCUUCCCACGGAGCAAGGCCUAAACUAAGGAAGGUGAAGAAACUGGACAAAACAACAUUCUGGUCUUUAAAAAGUUCUGGGGUCAGGCGCAACGGGCUUUUAUUGGGGGCAGACUAGAGUGAAGCCUGGUCCACUCUGGUCUGCUCUCAAACCAUGCCCACCCAGCCUGGCUGGAUUGAUCCAAAUUCAAACACUGGCUGGCGGGAAAGUCUGCCCACUUAAGCAGCUGGCCAGGGGAAGCCCACAAUUGCCAGCUGACUGUCCAGCAGUCACACACCCCAGGAUUGGGUAAGCAGUCAUUUGUUUCCCCUCCUCUCUCUUUAUAGCUAUUUGCCCUUACAAUUUGAAGGAUGGUACAGAGGGCUAUUUUGGAGAAGAAGGGGAGAAGUCCCACCUGCCUUUCAUCCUAUGGGUUUUUGCUCAUCCCAUCUCCUUCACUUCUUCAAUUCUUCCCUCUUCACUUCUCACCUCUCUUCUGCUACAGCCUUCCUUCUGUACAGUACCUAUUUUGUUCAGCUGCUGCCACAGCCACUUCUGUUUCUAGGCACGAGGUGAAUUUAUUGUAAUUGUAUCUAACUCCUGUUUACAGUAAUAGCUUGGGUUGUGAUCGCUGUGGGUUGCGUGUUUUCAGGUUAUGGACGCGCCAAACCCGUAAGUACCAGAACGGGUUACGGCACUCGCGCAUGCGCAGAAGUGCUAAAUCGUGCUUUGUCCAUGUGCAGAAGCGCCGAAUCGCAUCACGCAUGUGCGCAGACGUGGCACUGAGGGUUGCGAAUGUGCCUCCCGCACAUCAGUUAGUCAUAUAACUAACUGACUUGCUAAAUAAUUACCAUCUCCUUUCCUGAUGCACAUGAGAAUUGCCUGUGAGAAAAAAGUAUACACACUCAGGAUGCUAGACAGUAUGUCAGGACAUAGUCUUCCUUCCCCAGAUGUAUGCAGUAUGGAGAGAUAGGAAAGGUGAGUUCCUCCACCCACAUGGCUCCCAUGCUAGACCAAGAACUGGCUUCAUGUAUGGGAGAAAUGAAGUGAGGCAUCUCUGAUCAGAGAUGGUUUUACUCCCUGUCUCCUUCUCCUUCUGCAAGUCAGUUGUCUGACUUUUCUAUCACACUCUAGUGCAGCCUCCCUCAAUUUGGUGCACUCCUGACGAAGUAGGACUCUCCUCAACCCCAGCCAGCAUCACUGAUGGUCUGAGAUGGUGGGAGUUGCAAUCCAGAAACAUCUGGAGAGGACCAGUUUGGGGAAAUCUGCUUGCUUUUGACAAAGAAGGGAAUGUUGGGAAGUGGCUAUAACAGAUGCUUGUGUGUGCUAGCAAUAUAAGAAAGAACAGAAUAUUGGGAACUGGCUAUUUAAUACAUGAGUGUGUGCGCGCACACACACAUGUAUGCUGACCUAGAUACAAAGAAUGGUGUCACAUGGUAUGGUUACAUUGCUAGCAGAUGUGAGCCUGGCUAGUGCCUGGUUUGGAAGCUAGGUGCCCCCAUGUCUGCUGCCCAGAGUUCCAUGAAGGGCAAAUUUGACCUUUGCAAGGACCACUGUGGGUUUUCUUCUGAAGUAAGUUUGCUUCAAGUGCUCCUUAAGAUGCAGUGGUCCUAAGCCAUAUCAUGCUUUAAAGGCCAUAAUCAGCACUUUGAAUUGAGCCAGAAGCCUGGGCAUUUGGAUCAAGACUGGCAAUAUAUUUUCUGAAUACCUGGCCCUGGUCAGCAAUCCAGCUGCAGUGUUGUGCACCAACCUAAGCUCAGGAAUGAUUUAUUGAGUCAGCCAAAUGUAAAACACAUUGCAGUAAUAUAAGUGAAAUGUCAACACAUGGAUAAAAGUGACAAGGUUGUCUCUGAUGAGGAAGGCUCUGACUCCCCAGGCUCAGCUGAUGAACAGUGCCUCAUGCACUUGGGCUUCCCAGAACAAGCCUGUAACUAACAGCAGCUCCAAACUGUGCUUGUUUCUUAAGGGAUAUGCAAUCCUGCCCAGUUCAGACUGAAUUCCACUUCCCUAUUCUGAUAAAUCUUCAGUUUAUUGGCCUUUAUCCAAUUCACCACCGAUCUCAGACACUGGUUCAGGACUUCAAUUACUUCACCUGAAUAAGAUAAAAAUGAGUGGCAGAGUUGGCACUGCAUACCAGGCCCCCCAAUUUAAGAGAAAUGUCAAACAGCAUGGGGGACAGAAUAGUGUGCUGUGAUUUACCAUGGGGCCCCAGGCUGGCCAGUGCUUCUACUGAUCACUUUCCUCCUCCCUGUACUCCUCCUCCCAUUGCUGUCUUACCUGGGCAUCUUUCCAUACUAAUUGGCAGUGGGAGCAGUAGAUCAGCAGGCUGACCACGACCACUUCUGGAUGUCUUCUUCCUCUCCAUAUUGCUCUUCCUGCUGCCGCCUUACCCAGACUGACUCUUCGUCCUAAAUAGGUAGCAGCAGCAGCAGCACUGGAUCCCCAGUCCAACCACUGGUUCUGCUUACCCUUCUCUGACAUUUGCGGGAAUGAAGGGGAAAAUGGGGAGGAAGAAGGCAGCUAAAAUUCACAAAGUUUCCUGGGAAGAGGGAUUGAUUGUUAUACCACUCUGGGAACCAUAGCUCUCUUAGUGAAGCAGGAGUCUCCUAACAAUUCUCAACAUCCUUAACAAAUUUCAGUUGCCCGGAUUCUUUGAGGAAAGCUAUGAAUGUUUAAAGCAUUAUGAUACUGCUUUAAAUGUAUAAUGCAGAUGGGGCCUAUGGCUGGUUACAGAAUACUGUUUAUACUGGUUCCAGUGUGCUCCCACUGCUGGUUUUUCAAUCUCUGUUCACAUAGUAUUAUCCAGGGGUAGGCAACCUAAGGUCUGUGGGCCAGAUGUGGCCCAAUCGCCUUCUCAAUCCAGUCCGUGGAUGGUCCAAGAAUCAGCAUGUUUUUACAUGAGCAGAAUGUGUGCUUUUAUUUAAAAUGCAUCUCUGGGUUAUUUGUGGGGCAUAGGAAUUCGUUCAUCCCCCCCCCACAUGGUCUGAGGGACAGUGGAACAGCCCAUGGCUGAAAAAGGUUGCUGACCCCUGGUAUUGUCAAUGAUCCAGAUGUAUUUUGCAGUUUUUGUGAAAUACUGAGGUUUGAUGCAUAUCCCACAAACCAGCUUUGAUCCAACUUAGAAACUGUAGCCUUAUUCAAUUAACAGUGAAGCCCCAGUGUGUAUACUUGAGACACUGACCUUUCCUUCUGGGUGUGGCUCUACAUGUGUGGUGGCAGUAUGGGCAUGCAUGCGCAGAUGAAGAUGGUGCCAGCAAUAUAUCUGCUUCUGCUUAAGUUUAAAUACUUUCCAACUGUUUUGUAGUGGACUUAAAGCUGUUCUCAAGAACCUGUAAUAUGAGGCUCUGGUUUCCUAGCUCCAAGUGCCUCUGGGCUUAGCUUUUCACAAGUUAGUUCCAGCAGGAGAGAAGGUAGGUGGAAGGGUGAGGACACCCACCAGGCAGUUUGCAUUGGGAUAUCCCCACUCCAUCUCCACUCAGUGGUGUGGGCAGGCUGUGGGUGAUGUGGAAACAUGUCAAAGCAUAGGAAUGCAAAUGCAAAUUGAAACACAAUGGGGGGAAAACACCUCAUUGUGUUUUAAGAUGGUAAUGUGUAAGGAUGUGUAGUUCAGGUAGGACUUGGAUAUGUUUACCUGCCUGGUAUUACCCGGUAACGUCAGGCUCUGUUUUAUGUUGGAGUGUUUUUGAACUGAGUCCAAAUAUAAAUCACAAAAUAGAAAUGACUAGCUGAUGUAGAAACACCUGCAGUGCAUCCCCGGAUCCUCAUGCACAAAUCCAACUGUAAAAAACAUGGCACUUUAAUGUAUUUUAUAGAAUUUAUGUUAUGAGCGCAUCCAACAAUACAACAGAAUUUACUGAAGGUAACUUUUAGAACAUGAUAUUUGAUUCCUAUCAGCUCUGUGGGUCAAAGAGCGGGAAACCACCCAUGUUCCCUGCUGCAGGUCUCCCACAGACACGCUUAGCAACAGUAAACAUUAUUCCAGUGCUUCUUCUCCAAAGCUACAAAUACCAGCAUCUGCAAGUAUUUUAUGACUUUUACUACAUCACCUUCUUGACAUUGUCAUAACUCACCCAUAAACUUUCCUCCUAUUCCUAAAUAAGUGCUUCGAAAACUUACAUACUUAGCUGAACACCAAAUCAAGCCUAAAACUACUUACAAACAAUUGGCUUCAGUGGGAUGAAUACAACAGGGGUGCAAUCCUGUGCAUGUAUAUUUGAAUGUAAGUCCAAUUAUGUUAAAUGGGCUAAUUCUCAGGUAAGUGUGUUGGAAUCCUAGGCAGAGGUUACUUCUUAAUAAACAUGCACAGAAGUGCAAUGUGGAGUAUAUAAGAAGCAAAGAGCUGUACUAUUAUUUUAUAAUUAAUAUUGUAUAAGAAGACAGGGAAAUAUGAUUGCACUACUUAAAUGAAAUCCACAACUGGAGUAAAAAAAGAGAGUAAACCAAAAAAGUACCGUUAUUAUUAUUUUACUGGAGUAAUGACUUUCAAGCUGCUGAGAGCAGAAAGCCCAUAGGUUAAAUUACUGUAUAAGAAUACAUGUUAAGAGACUUUGUCUGGAAUGAAAAAUCUAAAUAGGCAACAAAGGUUGGUAAAAGGAAGCACCUCAGGAUUAUCUUGAAAUAUUAUUGGGCUUACCACUCCUUACCUUCUUUGCCCCAAGGCAUUACACAUAGAACAGACCAUAAACCUUGACAAAAGUAACCUUGAACUGAAAAGAUGAUGACAACUAGGGAUUGUUCAAACAAACAUUCAACUCCUCAGUCAGGAUUUUUAAAAUUUCUUUUCUUCACAACUCUCAAAUACCAACCACAAAGUAGUAUAUUUCAUUAUCGUCACCACCAUCACCACCAGCUUGCCUUGAUCCGUAAUAGAGUACUAUCAGGGAGUGUCCAGCACUGCUUGGGAAUUUAAAGAACUCCCCUUUCAGAAUUAUGAUUUUUAAAUGGAUUGUGUCAUUUGUGAGUUUGGGGGUUAUGUCUGUAUAUACAAACAAGCCAGGGUGCACACACAUGCUACACAGGGCUCCAAACUAACCUGGAGAGCACCUGACCGAGUCCUGAAUCAUUUUGGUGUGUGGAGUUAAAGCGCAUUUGGGGUUAAUUUGCUCCACUAUCUUCAUUCAAAAUGGCGCCUGGCACUCAAGCCAUUGAUGAAGACUGCUGCCUCUACCUUGGGAACUCUUGUGUCAAGUAGAGUGAUGAUAUAUUGAGAGGCAUCCAAAUUGGUACAGGUGAGGAUCAGCAAAUUGGGCAACAAUAUCUUCAAAGGCAUCCAAAUCAGCAGAGUUUGGAACAGUCAAGCCAAAAGCCAGGUGAAGUCAUGCCAAAGUUAUGUUUUGGUCCACCAUCUUGAUUAAAAAUGGUUCCCAGUGACCCAAUGUCAAUGAAAACCUUGUGCAGAGUUUGAAAGUGGCACAGUUUGGACCCCUUACACCAAAAAUCAGGUGAAGUCACAUCAAAACCAUGCUUUGGUCUGCCAUCUUGAUUCAAAAUGGCACCUGACAUCCAAACAUCAACAACAACCACUGAGCCCAUCUCAGGAACCCUUGUGUAAAGUUUGGCAAUGAUAUAUCAAGAGGUGUCCAAACUCAUAGAGAACAAAUGGACAAACAGACAAACUACUUUUCAAAAUAUAUACAGUGACCUCACUACGUGAGAGUUCAGUUCCGGGCAUCCACAUGCAAAGCCAAAUUGUGUAAAGCUUCCAGCAUGUGUUUGACUAAACUGCGGGAGGCAGUGGAAGACAGAAGUGCCUGGCAUGCUCUGGUCCACGGGGUCACGAAGAGUCGGACACGACUAAAUGACUAAACAACAACAACAAAGGAAACCCUCAGAACCAUGCCUCCCUCCUGUGCAACCAUCCCUACCUGUCUGGAGCGAGCUUAGUCCUCUGCCUUGCUUACCAGGCCUCACACGACCUUCCCAGAGCCCAGUAGGCAAGGUGUGGGGAUUAAAAAGCUCUGUCCAUGGUAAGUUUUCCCCACUCUCCAUUUAUUUAUUUGGAGGCUGCAGUCGCAUAAGUAAAUUAUGUGGAAGUGGCAGGCCCAGUGUAGUAGAUAACAAAGCAGGUCCCUACCCUGAGGUGCUUUCAUACUAAAAUUGACACAGGGAAACAUUAGAGGAAGAGAGGGAAGUGGAGGCAGGGAUAGGCAUUGGGAAGAAUGUAGCUUUUUCAGUUGCACAUUCUUAGACUUUGUUGCAGGCUAAGUCAGAGUGGUACAGAAUGGAAAGCUGGGAAUUUCAUCAAAGAGCACAUGGAAAAGGUGAGUUUCCUUGGAUAUUUUAUAGAAAUGUGGGGCAUGUGACCCCAUAUCUCUCCAAAAUCUGCCCUGGAAGGCUCCACAGAAGAGAGCGUAGAAGCAAGGGAAAAUGCUUGUAUUGACAGAAUGAUAUCCUUAGUGCUACAUUGUUCUACCCAUAGUUUGCAGAUCUGCUUUAAGCCAUGGUUUGCCAAUUUGGAUGUUGCAAUUAACCACAUCUAAGUCUUGUAAACCAUAAUUUGGCAUUUCAAGUGAAAGAUAUGUUCAUAUGUGAAUAAUUGUCAACCAAUGGCUCCAGCAUUGUGAUGACUUACAUGUGUGACAGCACCAAAAACAAAAAAUGAAGAGAACUUAACCUGAUUAUUUUUGGGGAAUGCAUUCCUUUUCAGCAGAGGCAGUAAUUUGUGCAUUCAGCUGUGAGUUAUUAAGUGUUAAGCAUCUGAGUGAUGAGAUACCAAAUGGUGUAUGUGCAUGUGUAAAUCAGCCCCAAGUAGAGUUACCUUUUCUUUAAAAUGGCAAUGUAAUCAAAACCAGCACUUGAAACAAUGAGUAUGAUCUAAUGAAAGUUAAGCUCUUUUAACGCUCAUUGAUUCUAAUAGGAAGGAUGUAAACAUGUGCUUAAUACUCCCAGUGAAAUUAAUGUAACUUCACUGAGCUUUAUUUUGGCUGGACUGUGCCCAGCAAGAGUGUCUUGAGUGUGGAGGCACUGCUGGACGUCUUGGUCUGCCUCUACACCAAGUGCAGCCACGACUCUCUGCUCCAGAGGGACAGGCUUGUCUUGGACUUUCUCGAGUGGGAAUGGACCCCCUGAUUACUAUGCUGAGUCAACAUAUCCUUUACCACUGGUGAUAGGCCUGAGAGCCCCACUGCCUCCACCAUGGCCCACUCACUACCCAAGAACCCCAGCUGGCACAGCAUUUGGCUGAGCUGUCUUAACAACAGGCAUUAUGUGUGUUUUAUUUUAUUAUUUAAAUUCCAGUUAUUUCAUUUCAUUUGACACAUUUUCCAGAUUUUGAAUAUAUACAUCAUACAUUUCCCAAAACAAAAUAAUGCAGAACAAAAAUCACUUUCUCCAGGACUUCCCAGUCCAUCCCCUGUGUUUUAAUGAAUAGAAUGGAAGAUAAUAAGACAUGUGAUCGUGAAGAGUGUGUGUACAGACUUGACUGUGCAUAGCUCUCUCUCUUUUUUUAGUUGCUAUUUUGUUAACGUUGAUAUUGUUUUAUGGAUUAUUGCGAUGCUUGGCUUAUUUUUCAGUUGCUGCUUUGUUAAUGGUGUUUUAUAGAUUGCAAUUGUUUCGUUGAUGAUUUGUAAUUUUUUUUUCUGUGGUUCAUGUUGUAUUCAUGAUGUUCCGUUCUGUUAUUGUUAUUUAUUGUUUGUAAGCGGCUUUGAGAUGAUUUUGAAUGGAAAGUGGCAUAGAAACACAAUGAAUCAAAAUCAAGUCAAUUGGAUCCGUGUUAGCGACUGAUCGCAGCUUGAGCUUAAGGAAAAAAGCCUGUUUUAUCUUGCACUUCAGCAUAUAUUUGGAUGUGCUGGAGCUUUUGGAACUGUCUAAGGUUGCUCUCCAUCAAAAUGACUUGAAAUUGUCUAAUGCUGAUGCUGAAACAACAAAGGAAAUACCCCAAGAGCCCGGGGGAAGCAGCUGUAGGGGCAUCUGCUGUUUUCACUGUUACAUGGGACUCUCCCUGACAUAUUUUUUACUAUUUUUUAAAGUACAAUCUCUGUUUCUUAUGCCAUAAAUAUAUUCCCCAUGCUGUAAAUAAAUAGCUUGCAAGCAUCAUAAAGCUGAUACAGAAGAAUAAAUCUUAACUACAUAAUGUCAGGUCAGAAGUAUAAAUCUUAUCUAAUAUGCCAGGUCAGAAGGAAAGAAUACUUUCAGUGAAAAAAAUAGCAAGCACCUUCCAGUAACAGAGCUCUGUGGGUUUUUUUUCUUCACUCCUCUAAAAAUAUGCUGCUGCCAAUAAGAUGAUUUGAACGGUCUCAUUUUAGAAUUUCCAAAAGAAAAAUAAACAUGCGGACCAGAAUUAAUUUAUAAAAUGCUCCAAGGUUUAUUUUGGCAGAACACUUUUCAGCAGUGAGAUUUUUCUCUCCCCUGCUUUCUUCCAGACAUGCACACAUUUACUUUCCUCUACUUUUCUUAUAAAAUGGACAAGUUAUUUAGCUGUAAUAUAAUAGAGCAAGACUGUGUAUUCUAUUUAUAGCUAAUACAGUGGUACCUUGGGUUAAGAACUUAAUUUGUUCUGGAGGUCCGUUCUUAAACUGAAACUGUUCUUAACCUGAGGCACCACUUUAGCUAAUGGGGCCUCCUGCUGCCGCCGACAUAUGAUUUCUGUUCUCAUCCUGAAGCAAAGUUCUUAAUCCGAGGUACUAUUUCUGGGUUAGCGGAGUCUGUAACCUGAAGUGUCUGUAACCUGAAUUGUCUGCAAUCUGAAUUGUCUGUAACCCAAGGUACCACUGUAGUAGAAGCCAUGGUUUUUUCAACAUAAGAGGGCUCUCAUUUCAAAUACAGUGGAUUUUGUUACAGCAGGGAACCCCACACCCUUGGUGCUUUAGCCCCAAACUUCAUUACUUUCUGUGGGCCCUGCAAUGGGAUUCUUGCUCUCAUCUUACCAAGAAGUAAUUUAUAAAUUCAUUUAUUUCCCCUAAAUAAAUAGGAAAUCAUGAUUUGCCAUACCAAAAAUAUUUCUUUGCUGUUGUCCCUUGUCCUUGUCCUGUUUUUCAUGGACAAAGCUAUGCUAGGUUAAUGCAAAUGCCUAAAACCAGUAAGCCAUUUUUGAAAGCCUUGGGGACAAAAGUAGUCCCUCCACCCAGUUCCCUCCUUCCUGUAAAAGGUUGGGGAGUUAUAGCAGGAUGCCAUAAGUGAACAGCCAGCUACAAGAUAGCAUUGUUUCUUGGACCUGGUGGGAGACGGGAUGCACCCCAUUAGGACUGGGAAGAACGUGCUUUUCAGGAACCUUGUAAAAAUGAUCAAGGAAACCUUCAGACUAAAUCCUGUGAGGAAUGGAGGCAAAAGCCCAGAGCUGUAUACUGAGUCAAGUACUAGGAAGAAGGCAAAAGAAAAAAAGAGGCAGUACAAUGGAAGUGGGGCCUGGUAAUUUUCAGGUAAAUACAACAGCAGGGAAAUUGGGAAGGUGCAAUGGCCAUGGUCUCUUACGACACAAAAUAUGGGAAACAAACAGGAAGGAUCUGGCAUCCUAACCAGGAAAUUAAGGUAUUACUGAGGUGUGAUGAGGGGAGACUCAUGAUUGGAACAUAGCAGCUGAAGGGUAUGCCUUGUUCAAAGUGGGAGGGGGGACAGGGAGUCUUAUUAUAUGUAAAGAAUGUGUACACCGAGUUCAAAUUCAUAAAUCUGAGAGUGCCUCCACUGGGAUUUCCACCCCCCCCCCCAGUUCUUAGCAGCCCUUCCUUCCUUUCGAUGGUGGGAAAAGCAAAUGGAAGCUCUGGAUGGAAGGUGACUUUGGCUCCAGGAAGUCUAUUUCUCUUAUGACCUCUACACUUACAGAUUUGAAAAGGUGUAAGUAACUAAGUAAGUAAGUAAGUAAGUAAGUAUGAAACUUGAUCCCAGGCUUGGCUUGCUACUUGUAAAAUUACCUAAACGUAGAGGCCCAAUCAUAGUGGGAAGAUGCCAGCCACUCCUAAAUUGAAAAUAUUAGAUAGUUUUACAAAGUAUUCCUCUUGGCUCCUGUAGUUUGUAUGGAUCUUCCUCACUGCAUUCUAAAUCAUGCAUGGCUGCGUUGCUUUCACAAAAAUAUCACAGUUGAGUGCUGUUGUUGCUCCAUAAAGGAUGCAGAGUUAAUAGGCAAGGACUCUAUUAAAAUGUUCACGCAAUGGAAUGAAAACUUUGGGCAGAUUCACUGCACCUUAACAACCCUGACUCUGCAUAUAUUGUACCUUGACCAAAUGCAUGUGUGUUAAUUUGACUGGUAGCUUCUUGGCUCAUGUUCUUGACUGAUCAUCUACCCUGUAUAUGUACUGACUAUGUGUUGCUAUCCUUGGCACUAAUCUUUGCCUCACUAGUAUCCUCCAUCUGUAUUUUUUCAGGGUUUCCCCCCCUACCCUUCCUCCUUUAGCCUAGAUAAAUUUACCCAUGUUACAAAUGCUUAAUUCCUUGAUAAUAUACUACAUACAUGCACCUUGUGUUUUGUGAGUUUAUGUGUAAUCUGCAGAGGAGAUCAUGUGCUUUAGUUAAUUGGCUGUACAAAUAUUUCUAAUAUUUUGUUUUGUGCAUGUGUCACAUUGUGCUACUUUGGAUUAUGGUAGAUUGAUAGUGGGACCUCAUAUCUUUGGGGGUCAAGACCUUCUUGUGUUAGAAUUCCAUCUCUGAUUAAUUGCUGACAAAUGGUGACAUCUAGUGCUAUGUAUUUAUUUGCCAUUGGAAUUAGAACAGUGAUAUUGCCAUACUUUUCUGUGUAUUAGACGAGGGUUUCGAUUGGCUGCCGCUUCAGCAAUUUGGCUUGCGUUGCUUGCUAUUAUUAGCAUUUGCCAGUUGGGUAAGUGAUUUUCGGCAUCCCCACCCCCCACAAAAAAAUUGCUCAACAGCUUUGGGCCAUCUCCCCCCAUUUUCUUUAAUUUUAGUCCCCCAAAAUGGGGGCGUCAUACACGGGGGCUGUUAUGCAUGGAAAAGUACGGUAAUUAGAAAUGCCUUUUAAAAAUUUCAAAUGCCUUUUCUGGUUGUCUUUUAAAGCAAAUAUUUCAUUUGUUUAAAUAUAUGUAAUUUUUGUUCUGGCGAAUUCUAAAAUGUGCUUGUCUGUCCAACAUUUGCCUUUCUCAGUUCUGUGAAGGGUUUAGCAUAAAUAGUCUGAAGGAAGGCCGCUUAAAAUUGAUUUCUAGACUGUAUUUUAAUUCAAUGUAGACUGCAGCAACCAGUUUACUCACUCUCUCUCUCUCUCUCUCUCUCUCUCUCUCUAUAUAUAUAUAUAUAGGUUUUGGCAUUUAUAUACUGCCAAGUUAACCAUGUCCUCUGGGCACUUCACAACUUUUAAAAGCAAUAAAAUACAGCUGCAAUAAAAUAAAAGAAUUCUAAUCAAUAUAAAGCCACUAUGAUGGUGGGUAAGAUCAAGAAUGAUAAAAACAGCACUGAAGUCUGGCCAAGGGAGAAAACAAAAUACCCUAGGUCAGAAACAAAAAUGUUCUGGCAGAGCAACCCAGACUUUAGCCUGGCAGCAGAGGGUGUGACAGAGCUGUGUACUGCCACCAUACCUGUAGUUAUUGGUGCUCAGGCAGGCUGGGAUGGGAGUUGAAGGUGGUGCAGGCAAAAGUCUCAUCUGCAGCAAUUGAACCCAUAUUGAGCCUGAUGCCUAAUGGCAGUGGCACUGACUCAGGAUCCAGCAGAUCCUGGGCUCGCUCAGCCCAUUUCCAUCCCCAGAACGCUAUCUUUUGGGCUUUCCAUGGGCUACCAUUUCCUGCCAGUGAUACUUUUGCCCACCUGCACUAUCAGCACAUGGAGUAGGGAGCUCUGCACCAUCCGAGUGAUUCUAGCAGAGAGCGUUGGAACUAUUCUGAGCUUGGCAGAUUGUGGGUUUGGACUGCACCCUAAUUAUUAAAUGACCUGCACGAAUAGAAGUGUUUUCCCCUGGCACUGAAAUGUCUUUAUAUAGGUUCCAGGCUGCCAGGCAAGCCUUUAUGGAGAGAAGGCUUUAUAAUGGGGCACCACCACUGUAGAGGUCAUUUCUCAGGACACCUUUAGUUCACUAAGGGUGGAAAUUUGGAGAAAGUCCUCACCUAGUGAUGGGAAUUUUAAAGUCUGGACAGAUUUAUAUGAGAGGAGGCGAUCAUUCAGGUAUAUGGGCCCCAAUAAAAUUAGGGCUUUAGAGAUUAAUGCCAGCAUUUUGAAUUGCAACUGGGAUUUAGGGUGCAAAUGACAAAACACUGAAGUAAUACACUGAUAGUUGUCAAUGCCCAUCAAUAAUCUCACUACCCUAUGUUGAGCCAGAUAGAGCUUCCAGGCAAUUUUGAAAGACAGCCCCACAGAGGAGUUUUUGUAGCCUACACCAACCUAGUGCCUGAUGGGAAUUGUAGUUCAGACCAUCUGGAGGACACCAGGUUGGCGAAGACAGUUUUGCCGAAUAACAUUUCCACUUGUCAGGAGUGUGGUUUCAGUAAUCCAUACAGCUCCUUGUCUUUUUUUACGGUUAACAAAAGCAAAAUAAACCAUGCAUGUAAAGCUCCAGAAAACCAUGCAAAAUAAUUCAGUUUGCAUAAUUUUCACAGAUAAGGAGGCGCCUGGGAGCGAAUUUUUUAGAGGGAGUUUCUGCUAAUGUGGCUUGUGUAACAGUCUACAGCUGCCACAUAUUUUUUACUUGGUUUCCAUCUUGCAGAAUUUGGGUUUCCUUGUUGCAGAAUUUUGUUUUUCUGACUGCAAUUUUAUGCACCCUUGCCCAAGAAUAAUUCCCAUUAGUGUAGAGCAUUCACUGGCCUUCAGGAGACUGGGAAAUCACAGCCAGUUGAGCUAAAGUCAAGAUGGUAAACCAUGCCUGUACUUGGACCCACCAAUUCAAACAUAGCCAUAUAUGGUGGGUCCCAAGGGCUUGCUGAAAGUUUCUUGUUUAGGUUGCCUGUCUAGGGCUUCAAAAACAAAUGGGAUGUCAACAAGCACCAAAAAGGCUGUAAUACAUGGCUGGUGAGCUGUGUUCAGUUUGGUGGGUCACAAUUUGUGUAGGCAUGCAAUAAAUUUGAGUGACUACAUUAAGUCUUGUUUCUUAACAGUGCAGGCAGCGCUAUAACUUCUAAGAUGGAAUUAUGGGCUUUUUGUAGUUUAUAUUCUCUGGGAUGGGGGAAAGGGGACUUUAAAUAUGCUCCUGCUGUUUCCCCCCCUGUGGUUUCUAUUUCUUAAAAAGCCUGUGUGACAUUAAAACGCUUGCCUCAAAAGGCUGUAUGAGAUACUUGCUACUGUAGUUGUGUAAAGCUGAUGGUAUGAACUGAAUGAUCUCUGUACAGUUUGAAAGCUGAUGAGCAAAUAGGCAGCGUUACUAGCCAAAUAGCUAAACUCAGCUUUUGGUUACAUUAAUACAUACUCAGUGACUUCUCAGUAUUUCCUACAACUGCAUUUUUUGGUAUUGUGCAAAUUAUCAGUGGCAGCUGUAAAAUCUGGCAAGAUGCUAGGGUUAAUUGUAACUAUAUAUUUAGGCCUAAAUAAAGUCUGUGGGAAAGUUCCAUGCAAUUUUCAUUUGCAUAAGGCCUGUAGUUUGAUUGCAUAGUGGAGCCUUCCCAAACAGGAGCUUUCCAUAACCUAACAUUAUAGUCCUGGUUCAGACCUAACAGGAAUCCAUUGUUUGCCACUCUGUUACCUUAGGUAGGUACAUUUCCCACCCCCACCCCUUAUUUUGGACAGCAGAGGAUGAGAUCAGAAUUUUCCAUUUCCAUUUUUAAACAUACCACAGUUCCCACAUGGAAGUCCCAAUUUGAAGAACCAUGAUUUGAUUAAACUCCAGUUUGUUAUAAUCAGCCAGGUUUAAACUGUGGCUGAACCACUACAUCUGAACGAGACCAAACACUUUAGAGCAUGACUGAUGGGUUGUAGCUGUGCUUCCCUCUUACUGAAAAGGCAUCACAGACAAGAUCUGAAUAAUCUAUUUGAUCAACUAGUUCCCUAGGCCAAAAGGCAAGUUAGAUGUUUUUCAUGAGUAGCAGCAACUCUGCAUUUCACAUAACAAACUGCCUAUAAACCUGGAAUCUCAAAAGUAGGUUGUGAUUUGUGUGUUGCCCAGUCAAAAGUUUCAAUCUGUGCAUGAAAGUCCAUGGGACUCUUACGAAUCCCAAACCAUUUGUAUAGGCAUGAGUGACUAGAUAAUCAUAGGAAUCUGUUAUGGCAACAAAGGGUAGGUGUAUUUUGCUUUGCAUGUCAGAACAAUUAAAGAUCCCCACAAUGCCAUCUUGAAUGUUCACAUUCUUAAAGGGGUACCACCAGAAGAAGCUGGCAGUAAAUAAUAGGACCGCCCUUGAAAACUGGAUAUGUUAACACAGCCAGUUUGUAUGAUGUGUGUUGAGCGAAAUGAAUCACAGCCAGUUGCACCACCUGUCAGGAGCACAGUCCUGCCUCUGGGUGCAUGUGCACAAAUGGAUCUCACAUUUGAAUAGUAGGUACGUGUAGGGAAAACCCCCCAAUAUUAAUAGGCACAAAAUGAGCAAUUAAUAUUCUGUUCCUCCACAAUGCAUGGCUGGUCAGAUUGUCUGAGCCUAGCCCAUAGAAGUUAAUAACUUCCACAGUCCUCACUGUAGGGAAUUCAUUAUUUUAUUCCAUAGUCCCUUAAUUAUUGUAGGCUCUUUUUUCUUGCAUGAAAGAAAGGUAAUCAUAUAGUCUGCAGUCUUCAAUUAUAAGAAGUAUCAGAUUUUAUAGACCUCUUGUCUGAGUAGAACAGGGUCAGAUUGGAUUGAGAGUGAAAAGUAAGUUGCCUUUGCCAGUAACAAUGGUAAUUAUUUCUAGAAAUUUCUGUUAGUGCCUUUCUUGGGGAGUAUUGUUAUGUCGUGUGGAUUUUCCAUUCAAAUAAACCUCAAGGUACAUUGACCCCUGUGGAAUUAUUUGCAUUCUUUCCUGAACUGAUCUAUAAAUAUAGGAGAAACUAGAUGGUAUAUUGGAGGAGGGGGGGAAUCUUUCAUUCAAUAUGAAAAUAAUUAUUAUGCUUUUAUAUUAUAUUAUUAUUACCAUUAUUAUUAUUUAUUUAUUUUAAACCAACUGGAUUAAGCUCAAACCAGUUGUCAUUCAUGUGGCUAAUCAAAGCUAUUUCUAUUGUGGUAAAGAAACUUAACAGACUGAAUAAGUUUUGCAGACUUCUCUGGUAGAAUUUCUCUUGGAACAUUUCUCAGCAAAUUCAAGAUCCCAGUUUUCAUAGUGCAGGUUUAGGUGUUUGACCUGUUACCGAAGAACAGACCCAUUUUGCCUGAUAUAUUAUUUGGUCUUUAAUAUUUUGUACUCAGACUGCAUACACCCACCCCAAAGCCACAUCUGACUUAGCGCCUGAUUUGGUGGUUCAGACCAGCCUGACCUAACCUGGAACAAUCUGAACCUGACCCAACCCCUGGAUCCAUAUCACGAUCUGGAGAAAACAGAUUGUUGGAAAUCGCACUUACUUGUAUUGGGAAAUCCAAAAUGGUCACAUCUUUGCAAGACUGGGAACCUGUAUUGGAAUCAGAUAUAUUAAAUUUUAUAGCACAAGUUAAACCUGGACAACCUCCAGUUUAGUUUUUAUUCCAUUUGAAUUACUCUACUCUUAUGCUGAUUGGUGUGUCACAACUCUCACCAGACUAUUUACCCACAAUGCUAAAUCUGGCCAUGUCCCUCUUAGUGGGUUCAAAGCAGUGGUGGUGCCAGUUUGUUUAAAUGGCUCCAAAUUGCACCCAGUGAAUUACAGACCAAUAAGCAUAUUGUCAACCACUGGAAAACUGUAUGCCAUACUGUGGUGCCUCUGGAUACGAACGGGAUCCAUUCCGGAUUGCAACCUGCGUCUGUGGGUCGCGAUUCACUGCUUCCGCGCAUGUGCGUGACGUCAUUUUGACCGUCUGCGCAUGCACGAACGGCGGAACCUGGAAGUAACGUGUUCCGUUACUUCCGGGUCGCCACGGAGCGCAACCCGAAAGCACUCAACCUGAAGCAUAUUUAACCUGAGGUAUGACUGUACAUUGAAAUUCUAUAUUGCUGAAGUGGAUCAAUAUCUUGGAAGCUGAACAAAUUGCUUUUAAAAACGGUGUUUUCAAUAUUAAACAGCAACGUUUGUAAGUUUAGUUUCAGUGAUAUAGUCUUCAGAAUUGUUUAGGCUCAGAAGGACAGUGAAGAAAGUAUACAUAUUUGAACCUUCUCAUUUUUAGGUCUCAUUGGUGAUGAUUAUGCAUACAUAUGCAAUGUGGAGAAGACAAUAGGUUAUUCUUAUUGAUUUUUCUUCUUUCAUGGCUUGUGAUGUUCUUCUUGGAUUGGUUGAACCAAGUAUUGUUUUAGAGCUGAUUGCAAACGCACAAAACCUCAAGAUAAAAACCUGGCGAACCAAAGGCUUAUAUCGCCUAAUAGACUUUUAUAAAAAUAACAAACCCUUGUCAACACAAGAAAUACAAGACAAACUAGAAGACACCCAAAUGCCCUGGUUAACACAACACCAACUACAUGCCCUCUUAAACAACCCAACAGUAAAAUCAGCAGCAACUAGGCCCCUGACAACCUUCGAAAACCUCCUCCUAACAACAAAGGGAAACGGUAAAGGGACGGUAUCCGCAAUAUACAAAAUACUACUCCAAAAUCCCGCAAAUCCCUAGACGCAAUCAAAAAACAAUGGGAGAAUGACAUAGGCUAUGAGAUUAACCCCACUCAAUGGACCAGAAUGUGGUCUAAACCCCCUUUAAAUCCAUAUCAACGAAAAGAAAAGAACUCACACUGAAACUCACCUACAGGUGGUACCUAACACCAAGGAAACUAGCGCUAAUACACCCAGGAACCUCACCAAAAUGCUGGAGAGGGUGCACCUCCACAGGCACAUACCUCCACAAGUGGUGGGAGUGUCCCAAAAUCCAACUAUUCUGGACAACAGCCAUACAAGAAAUAUGUAAAAUAACUAAGCAAGUAAUAGACAUCACCCCAGAAUUGGCCCUACUAAACAUCUUCCAAGACAACAAUGCCCAUUUACACCACAAAGAACUCAUAACCCACCUGCUCUCAGCAGCCAGAAACACCAUAACCAGACACUGGAGAGACCUGUCAGGAGUAAGCAUGGACCAAUGGUACCAAAUAGUAUGGGAAACAGCCCUACUAGAAAAAUUAACUAAUAAACUGAAACUGACACGGGGACAAACAGAAGAAGACGCCUUCACCCCGGUAUGGCUCCCCUUUAUCACAUACACAGCCCAACAGGACAAUGACAAUAAUCCACCAACAGCAUACAAAUCAAUAUGGCUAACCUGAUCCAAAACACCCACCCACCUCACUCACACACGAAAACAAAGAUCACCACAGCCAAUCACAAGCAAACAAUCACACCCUAGGCCAACCCCAACCUCUCUCACCACCAAAGGAACACAAGUGAACAACACAAGCAACGCUGACACCAAACUCUACAUACAUUAAACAUAAUAGAAACACCGCCACCCGACCCCACCCCCAUCCAUCUUCCCUCUCUCCACCCCCCCUUUCUUUUUUCUUUUUUUUUCUUCUCCCCCUAAUGCCUCAACAAAUGAAAUGGAUUUGUAAAAAUGUAACAUGAAAAAAAAAAAUACGAGGCACUACACUUCUGUAAAACAAGAAAAUCCUUAAUAAAAUAUUUUUUAAAAAAAGAGCUGAUUGCAAACUUAGUUCAAUGUUUUUUUUUUACGUAGGCAAUAACAAAAGCAAGAUUGCAAAAACCAGGUGAACCAAACAAUAAAAUAAGUAAGCCAAAACACAACAAAUUACAAAACAAUUAAAUUUAAAAUUAAAAUAUUCUUAAAACAACAUACAGCAUUCACAUCUGCAUAAUAUUGCUUUGAUUUCUCUGUUGUCAAUGCAAAUGAAGCUACAGUGGUGCCUCGCAAGACGAAAUUAAUUCGUUCCACGAGUUUUUUCGUCUUGCGGUUUUUUUCAUCUUGCGAAGCACGGUGUCGGAAAAGCUUUGGAAAAGCUUCAAAAAUCACCAAAGUCUUCAAAAACCUCAAAAAAGGCUACCACACCGCAUGCUAUGAGUUGCUCCUCGAAGUCAAGUCGCAACUGUAUUAACGGUUUUAAGAAAAGGAAACAAACUUGCAAGACGUUUCCGUCUUGCGAAGCAAGCCCAUAGGGAAAAUCGUCUUGCGAAGCAACUCAAAAAACCAAAAACCCUUUCGUUUUGCGAGUUUUCCGUCUUGCGAGGCAUUCGUCUUGCGAAGUACCACUGUACUUUUUCUAUACUGUGACUAUUUUUGCUUUUCAAAAUGACUCCUCUGUGAAGGAACUCUUCCUCGUGUCUGUUAUAAAACUCCAGCAUGUUCUAGGUCACAUGUUCAGUUUACGUAAGGCAUUGGAUAGGCCUUUUGGGCUUCACCAUUGCCUCAAAUGAAGUAAAACUGCAAUCUGAACAUCCCCACAGUAUGAGAUAUAGGAAAGCAAUAGGUAACACUGAUGGUUUUAAUAGUAGUAUAAUAAUCUACUAUUAUUGUUCCUCUCAGUAGUAAGGUUUUGCAAAACACAGAAUUCCCUAGAGCACAGUUUUUUUGGGGGGCAAACUUACUGGAUCAGUGGAUAAAGAUUAAGGCUGUAUUAGUCUCUCUUUUUAAAAUUUAAAUAUUUAUUCAAAAGUUACAAUACAGCUUUGUCCACUUGCCAUAAUAUCACAGAAUGAUCCAGUCCUCAAUCUACUUACUUGGGAGUAAGGUCUAGUUAACUUAUUGGAAGGAAUAUAAUUUAGUAAGACUUUUGAAUAACAUGCACAUGUUCUUGAGGUUGCAAUCCUACAGACACUUCCUUGAAAGUAAGCCUCAUUGCGCACAACAUAUUAUUCCAAGUAAACAUAUAUAUGUUCAGGCUGCUGGUAUAUUUUGUUGUUUUUCUCUCUUUUCAUAAGGAUUGCAGAGCUUUAUUUUGCACGAGAGUGAUACUAUUAAUCAUAGUAAAGAAAUAAUGCCCCUUGUGAAAUGUGGGGUUCCAAGCUGCAAAAAAACCCCAAAAACCCUAAUGAGGUUUCAGCAGAAGAUUUAUGGAUUACGGAGAUGUUAUCUAGCUAACUCCCCUUUGUUUGUUUGUGUUACUUUUCUUCUUAGUGAAUCUCGAUAUGAGCCAAGACUGCCAAGGAUGUGCAACAUGUUCCCAGUUCAAUGGAUGCUUAACAUGUAAACCUCGGCUCUUUUUUUUCCUGAUGAGGAGUCAAAUUAGAGAGAUAGGGAUGUGUUUUUCAUCCUGCCCCAAUGGAUAUUAUGGACAACGGUACCCAGAAAGAAAUGAGUGUAAAAGUAAGUUGAAGGAAAAGUUGCAGCUACUCUUUUUAUGCUGUCUUGUGAACUCUUGUCAUGGAUAUGAGCCACUAUUCCAACGCUACCCCAUCAGAUAGUCCACUGACAAUGGGCUCCUCUGUUGUGUUGCUCUCUUCUUGACACCACCUGCUUCUCUGUCAAACCUGGGGGGGGGGGGCAGUGGGGCUCUCAAUGACUUACCAUCCAUUUACUUCAGAGUAGAGUGAUGGCCAGCCAAAUUCCCAGUCUCCACCAGGGAGCUCCAGUCCUUCACCUCUCCUGAUCUCCUUUUAACUUAAAGUUAGUAAUGUAGCUAAGCAUAACCCUCAAUGUUAGAAGAAACUGGUACAGCCCAGGAAUCCAGUUUAUUUGAGUUUGUCUAAGGGAGAGAAAGCAGUGGCUAUGCACAGUGAAAAUAAAAUGCUAAAUAUUGGUCUCUCCUAGGGUACAAUAUGUUGGCUGGUUGUCUUGCUAUUUAAAAAAUAAAAUAAAGUAGCAUAAUAUUUAAAUGUUUGUUGUGUUGUUAUUAAUGAUUAUGGUAGGAAUGAUGAAAGUUUUUUAUCUAAGACAAGCCUCAUUUUAAAAGAGAUGUAAAACUACUAUGGUAGUAUGUGGGUAAUGGGUUCUGUGAUAUUGCAAAGUGGCAGGACCUGUUUCCUUGAACCUUGAUCCUGGAUAGAAAAUUAUACAAUGGGACAUAGUAUGUUGAGUGUGCUUCCACAGAGGCUUAACCACUCAAAAUGAUUCUGUCUGUAUGCACCAAGCUUUAUAGGCUAGCCACAUUGAGAAGCAGAAAGAUCAUGGGCCAGCCUAGAGCUAUAACUGUCAGUCCUUCCAGCCAGAUUCUUCUUGCAAUGGGGUUGACUCAAGCAUCUUCAGUUGCUGAUCCCUAAUGGAUACAAACUCUGUCUUGUAUAUGGCACCACACUAACUUAAGUAGAUCAUGGUAUACAUGGCAGUAAUUGCUUAUUUCUCGCCCUUCAGAAUGUAAAGCUGACUGUGAAACCUGCUUCAAUAGAAAUUUCUGCACAAAGUGUAGAAAUGGGUUUUACUUACACCUUGGAAAGUGCCUUGGAAACUGCCCUGACUGGCUGGAAACCAACAAUCACACUAUGGAGUGCAACAAUAUUGGUGAGUAAGCUGUCUGUCCCAAAAAGCUGUACCCAGUACAUCAUUUCCAUUUGUGGAAUAUAGCCUCUGUUGGUUUUUGCUUAGACAUGCAGUUUAAAUCUUGCAACGGGGAAAUAUUCACAAAUAAAAUGUUUGUACUUCAGAAAAGGGGUUUCCCACCUUUGUAGACAUUUGAAAGAUUUUUGGGGGGGAGUGUUCUGUGGACUUACUUGUUAUGAUGGUUGUCAUAACUUUUUCUGUGGUUGUAUGAGUAAGGUGGAGGCCUGCUGGUGUAUGGUAGUAUUCCUGCUAGCGGAUCCUAGUUGAAAUACAGUAAACUGAGUGUUUCAAAAGCAUGGUGGGAUGGGAUGCACUGGAUCCCAAGCCAGUCUUACAGACAUUGAUCACCAACAUCAGACUUCAUCAAGAUCACUGUGCCAGCUUGGAACUCACAAUGGGGUGAAGCCUGGUUGUCCUGCCCCCUCCCUAGAUUUUCUGCUACUGCCACCAUGAGCAGCUGGGCUGCAUCAUUUGAAUUAAAUCCUAAAAUACCAAUUCAUUUCAAAACAUAAUACCACAACCCAAAUAAAUAAUUCAUUUUUUUGUCAAUUCUAACAGUUGUGCCAUUUUAAACUCACUAUAUAAUAUGUAUAUGCAUAUGUAUAUGUAUAUGAUGUAUAUGUAUAUUUGUGGGGGGGGGGAACCAGUGGCCCAUCAGAUGCUUUAAUUUCAUUUCACUUUUGAUUUGCAUACCACCUUUCUAUACACAAUGUGGUUUACAAGCUGGAAAGAAAGCAGAAUAUAGAAGAUCACACCCACUUAUAACAAUUCAAUACGAAUGUUGUUGAACUCCCAACUUCCUUCAGCCUCAGCCAGCAUGGCCAGUGGUCUGGCAUUAUGGGAAAUGAGCAACAUCUGGGGGAGGGUGCUACAUGUUCCUCACCCCUGUGUUAAAAUACAUAAACCAGAGUCAGGUAUGACAAAACUUUCUGGCGCAGUUUAUUAUUACAACCAGCAACCAGUUCCUCAAAAGUGCCAAGUGCAGGAAGUGGCAAUCAGAUUUCUUGGACCCUGUAGUAGAUGAUCUGUCUCACAUGCCCCACUGUGUAUUAUUUCCUGGUGCAGUUCUUAAAAGCAGCAACAGAGACAGGGUUGCUGUUCAUUCUCUUCCCCUUUGCUCUGGAUGCUCCCGGUGCUUCCAUACAGUUCAAGUGUAUCUAUUUUUUAUGUGUGCAUUUAUAUUUUGACACAUGAACUUAUGUCUACAUCCUCUAUAAGGCAUUGCAAGUGUUUAGUCAGAGAUGACUGGUCACAACUUGGAUCCAUUCAAUGGCCUCAUUCUGCAAGAACCAUGUUUAUUUGACCAAUGCCUAAAUCUGUACAUAGGAAUCAAUUCAGCCAGUGCUACUUUCCAAGAAAAGCCUAUUCGUUUAGUUCAAGCAUUUUCUUCUUAGGAGUUGUGUUUACUAGAUUACAUGCUUAGCAUAUUGAUUCAAGCUUUCUGCUGCGAGCAGGUGUGACUCUCACCAAAUUAACAGAAUCACACCUCUGAAAGCCCAUGUUAAUAUGUCUCAAAGAGUACAGAACAUAUCAAGUUAUGUCUAAUCACACUGAUGUGCUAAAGCCAUCACUAUAAGGUUACCAUUAGUAGUAGGACCUCUGUUGCUGAAUCUUGCAUCUUACAUUUAUCUGAAAUACUUGAAUGAUACAAUACUUGUUUGGCAGCUAACUAUUUGCUAAGCUGUUCAAGUUGUCUCACUUAACAGCACUGAAAACCCAGUGUCAUGCUAGGUGAUGGUUUCCAACUGGCCCAAACAGAUGAUCUUGCAUCAACCAAUGAACUACUAGUCACAAUGGCUACUACCCACAAUGCCUAUGUUCUACCUCCACUGUGCAAGCCUCUGAAUACUAGUUGCUGAGAAUCACAGGUGGGGAGAGAGCUGUCACACUCAGGAUCUGCUUGUGGGUUUCUCAUGGGCUUCUGGAUGGCCACUAUGAGAAUAGCAUACUGGGGCGGAUGGGCCUUUGGCCUGAUCUAGCAGGGCUAUCCUUAUGUUAAGCUUUCUGCAGAAUGGAGACAAACAUUACCACUUACUAAUGUUUGUGGAUCAGAAUGCUGCUAAUGGCACAGAAACAGACGAAAGUGAAAAAGUUGGCAGUGCUACUCCAUGAAAUUGCCCUUAGCUUUUACACUCUGAUUUGAGCAAGCACCUCAUAUGAAACAAACCUUUGAGAAAACAUACAUUCAAGAUCAUAAAGAUUAAUUUUCUCUAGACCUCUGACGCACAUGUAGAUUAAAUAUGUGAAGUGCAAGGUGUGAAAAGAAUAUAUUGUGUAAGUUCUGCAUAAAUUUGGGGCUAUUUGGCCAUACUUACUUGCUUUCUUUAAAUUAUUUUUUUUAUUAAAGAUGUGUGUGUGUGUGUGUGUGUGUGUAACAAAAAACUACAUAUAGCGUCUCCACUUUAAAUUUAUAGAGGCCAAACUUAAUUUAUGUCAUAUUUUUGUUGCAGUGCAUUGUAAAGUUAGUGAAUGGAGCCCAUGGAGUCCAUGCAUGAAGAGAGGGAAAAUGUGCGGUUUCAAAAGGGGGAAUGAAACGAGGAAAAGAGAAAUCUUACAACUUCCUACUACAAAGGGUAAACCAUGCCCACAUACAACUGAGACAAAAAAAUGUAUUGUACCGAAAACGAGAUGCCAGACAAGACAAACAGGUACUUGCGAUCAUUAUUCUUUCAUAUUUUGGAACUGAUGAAUACCAAUUCCUUAUAAAGGCGUGAUUUCGUCAGAAUUUUUGUUGGGGCUUAAUAGUACUUUGGUUUUAGAAAAUCCUAAAACUUGGCAUGUUGGGAAUGUUGACUCAUGAUUUUCAUUCCUUUAAACAAGGUUUGUUUAAACAAGGUAUUAUCCGGAAGCUGUAAGAGUCAUUUAUGCCAUUAUGCCAUUCCUCAGUUGUGACACUUGGAGUUAAGUCACUGUUUAAACAGUCUGGCAGAGGAAGACUAGAGAAUAGCUAGAUAUUCUGAAUGCAAUAUUAGCUACAGUGUUUACAAGUUGUGAGUAGCUGAAUACGAUGACUAACCAAGCAAGCCAUUACUCCAAGUAUGGUCCAAUUAUGCCGGAUGGCGUGGGGUGCAGGGAGGAUAUAAGCCGCUGCAGCAGCAGGACAGUGCCUGCCAUAUCCUUUCCUGAUCCAGAACAGGAGGAAGAAAACACACAAGUCCCCAAAGAACAGAAUGGAACAACAGUGACAACCACUAUGUGCAUAGGAGCACUGCUUACAACCCCCCCCCCCAUAUUGACUGGUGCAGGGAUGUUGCGGCAGUGUCAUGGAGUGAAUGUGACAACAUUAUGGCAUUGCCUUCAUGAUGGCCAGAUAUACUGUAGAUGGAAACAAUGCAUUCAGUCACAGGGAAAGCUUGCCAGCCUCCCCCCUCCAUGAUGCCACAGCAACAUCCCCACUCCUGCACUCCACAAGCUCUCACUGCUGAGUCAACAGCAGGACCAUAAAAGCCCCGCAGGAAGGGGUUUGAGUCACACCACCCACAUUUGAAGCUUUUCGACUGCAUACCACAAAGGAAACAAAGUCGUAUAGGACACAGUCUCCCUAUACAGUAGAUGUUUUGGAUGGAGGCCUGCCGAAAGAGUUCAGAAGUCUUUCUGUGGAAAGUGGGAAGAAAGGAGCUUUUUGCCAGGCAGAAAACUGGGGCGUGCAGCAAAGAAAGCCACAAACAUACCCCCUGUGGGAUAGCUUCCCCAAAACUCAGUGCAUAGGGCAUGGGGCAUGCAAACAGGUUGGAUUUCAAGGCCCACCAUAGGGAAUGCCAAGAAGUCCCACUCAGCUUUGGCAUUUCUAGCCAGCAGCAAUCAUGUCAGAGACAAACAAUAGGAAGCUGCCAGGACUUUGGGUCACACCACAAACUCCACAAAGAAGCACCCAACUUCUUCAGCCACAGCAGUCAACUGAAGGCAGAUACGUAAUAUGACAUUCAUGGAGAAAUGUCUCAGCUGCAGUAUGACCAAUACAUAAACCAGGAUGACCAUGGCUGCAGAAGGAGGCAUAGCUCUGUGGAACAGCUCAGAUGUUACAUGCAGGAGGUUCCUGGUUUAAUCUGGGAGAGGAGCGCCUCCUGGAAGAGAGUUCUGGGACACACAGUGUCCCAGAGAGAGAGUCGUUUCUGUGCUAAUCAAGGUGUGCUAUGUGAGACGGUAGCCUAAUUCAUGUAUAGACCAACCAACCCUUUUGGCAACCAUUGUGAUCAACCCUCCCCUGCCAUUUUGCCUGGUAGACUAGCCACACUAGAUAGCAGGCCUAAUCAUUUAUCACUUUCCCCUUGCCAAAUAGUAGUGGCAGCCAUCUAUUUGUGUGUCAUGAGAGGUCUAGCUGUUUGUGCCAAGUGCUCCCUUUGUAUGUAAAGUUCCCUUUCUCUAUGGAUUCCAUUGCCAGAAUUCUUCUUUGUGUGCUCUAAGUGUUCAUGAUAUGUGAGGCCAGAGAGAUAUAGCCCCAUGCCAAAUGCUUUGUCAUCUGAGUUAUGGCCUUUGUUGGGGAGUUUAUAGACAAGUCUUAUGGGUUGUGAUUGAGUGCAUAGUUAUGCCAUAUCCUAUAUUCUGUUGUAAUGAUGUGGAUGGGGCAGUGGGCAGUAGGUAUAACCCUGAAAUAAGUUUUAUAGAUGGAAUUGUUGUUAUCCCAACUCUGUGAUCGCCUAAAGUUUCGCCAUUGUUGAAAACAUAUUUGAGGUCUGAAGAAAUAUGGGAUUUGGUGUAAGCAUGGUCGUCUCCUGUCCUUCCCAUGUAUCCACCUGUUUUGGUUGCUACCCCUACUUUCCUAGGUUGUAUGUAGAAAACUGUGAUGUUGCUAACUAUAGCCAAUUGAAUUGACUGCUGCAUGUCCUAUAUAGUCGUUUGGUGAAACUCUUUUUUUCUUUAGAGUGGUGCUUUCAUGAAAAUAUCCCUUUGUGUGUGAUGUGUUUUUAAAAAGGUGGGGUUUUUUGUCUUAGUAAUUUUUUUAAUUCUGUCUUGUGUUGUUUUGCAUUUAUUUAUUUCAUAAAAUUUACACACCUCUUGAUUGUUUUAAAAAAACUUAAAGCAGUUUACAAAAAGAAUAAAACAAUAAAAUUAUUGGUAAAGAUGGUUAAAAGCAACUAUUUAAAACAUUUUUUAAAAAAAUCAAAAUCAGUGAUAAAAUAUGUUAAAACACACAUCAACAUUCUACAUACAGUAUAUGGGGAGGUUUGCCUAAACAAAAUGUCUUUAACAGGCACCCAAAAGAAUACAGUGAAGGUGCCUCUCUGGUGUCAAUAUGUAUUAACGUAGAAGACUGUUAGCGGCGAGCCAGGUCUCAGAAAACUCAAAAGUUUAAGUCAGAGUGGGGACACAACCCAGCCCACAGCUAUGAUAUAACAGAGCAGUUGUGGAUCAGAAGAUGGCCAGGCCUGCCAAGGGUCAUUGCAACAGCUUCCACCACUCACAGUUAGUGUCGAAGGCUGUUUUAUGAAUGCUGGGCCAUGUGGUAUCUGGAUCCUUAUUGUGCCUGGUUAUAAUAAGGGAGAAAAGGAAGAGUAAUAAGCAGAACACAGUGUUGUGUACUGCAGUGCUAUACAGCACAGUUGAUUUGUGGACCACACCCUGUAAAAGUUUUAUAUGCCUUCCUGUUCGUCUGAUCUCUUUUCUACUAAACCACAGUACCUUUUAGUUCUUUUUCAUUGCUUUAUCCUUCCUGCCCCACUUAGUGACUUGCAUGCUGCAAACUGAUUUGAUAUGCGCAAUUCUAAAGGGAUCCCAACAGCUCAUUAUAUUAAUGUGAUUUCCAGAGAUAUUCUAGAUACGCUAAGGAAGUAUUUGCUAUUUAACGACUCCAUUAACUUUCCAUUGAUUUUUCACUUCUAAAAAUAAAUGCACAUUAGCAAUUUUCACUUUUUGCAAAUGGCCUUGGUUUCUACUGCCUAGCAUGUAAAUUUCAAAGUUGUUUGCAAGAAACCAGUGUUAUGUAUUCACACAUUUUAUGAUGUGUCUGUUCACCUGAAUGAGCCAGGAAUCUAUUUUAUGGGAUAUGCCUACACGUCCAAUUAUCAAUACCUUUUCGUUAGGUACUAUUGGGGAACUUUAAGAGAAUAUGAGAUGAUAAACUUCUAAAAUACAAUAAGCUGUAGUGAAAUAUUUCACUUGACAUUAACGGCUAUAGAAUCCAGCACUACAGGAUAGUUCAGAGAUGGUGUGAAAGGAUGGGCAAAAAGCGGCAGCCUAGUGCAAAUGAGACUAUUGUCCUCUUCCAUUGGCCAUGAGUGGUUAUAGAUAUAUAGCUGGAUCGAGGUGUCAACAUGCACCUGCUUCCUACAUAUGGCUCAUCUUUUGCCCAUAUGUAGCCCACAGAGAUUCAGUUGGAACACUUUUAAUUGGAAGAGGCUUUAUUCAAAGCCACAGACUUUUGAAAUAUCUUUGGGAAACUUUUCACAUUUACUUGUCUGCCAAGGGUUCUUUAUACAUUGCAGAUAGUUCUGGAUCAUAUUUUAGGCCACAUGCAUUGUACUGGACAGCCCUGCUAGGACUCAUCCUUAACCUUAUGUGAACUGAAUCUGGGAGCAAAGUCUGGAACACACCCAGCCAAAGUGGAAAAUCUUCAAAGGUGAACAAGAUGUCUUUCAUGAAAGCUUGCCUACUAUUCUUGCCUUUCCCACUGAGGAACUACAGAUAUAUUUCCAAGUAAUCCUGGGGACACAGUUUGCAAACCCACUUAUUUGAGUGAUCUAAUGAUGGAAGGCAUACCCUCCAACAUCUCUCUGGUGAAAAUAGGGACAUCCCAUUCCAUAAUUAUAAUUUUACUAUUUAUACCCCACACAUCUUACUGGUUUCCCCAGCCACUCUGGGCAGCUUCUAACAUAUAUAAAAGCAUAAUAAAACAUUAAACAUUUUUAAAAAACCCUUCCCGAUACAGGAUUGCCUUCAGAUGGCUCAGGGGUCAGAUAACUCCAUACCGUCCAACAUUUCUCCAAUGAAAAUAGGGAUGUCCUAAGGAAAAGUGGGACAAACCGGGAUGGCUUCUCUGAAUCAGGGACGUCCCUGGAAAAUAGGGACACUUGGAGGGCCUGGGAAGGGAUUUUUUUUUUUUUUAUGCCUUAAGUUAUGUCAAACAUUUGAAUUCAUAUAAAGAUUUCAUUUGGUUUUGAAGAGAGGAAGGCCAAAAUUUUGGCCACAUCUAAUAGUUUUAUUUAUUUUUUCAGAUCAGUUCAUCCAUCCCUAAUUAGUAUAUCUGUCCAUGUAGUGCAUCCAACAUAUUUGUAGACCGGAUCUGAUAAAUAUGCAGUUGACUCUUGUAUAUACAGAGUCCAGUCGGACGUCCUGUUGGGCUUUCAGUAGAUUUCCUAGAACACUGUUUAGCUAAAAUUCACAAAGCCAUUCCUCAGUGUUAGUGUUGCUGUGGUUUUAGAUGAAGACAAUGUAACACAAUACCAGCAGGCUCAAAGAAUUAAGCAAUUAAAUUCCUCUUAUUUACGCCCACUCUCAUACCACACAGAUUCGGACAUCAGUGAAAUGCAAUGAGUUGCAAAGAAAAGUGGGCUGCUCAUUUAGCGUUCCUGUGGGACACGUUGUUGCAGAGUUCAUCUCUGUUCACUUUUCUUUGUUUAUGAGCAAAGAUUCAAUUAACAUUUUGUGAAACUGCUCCAGAGAAAAACAACAGAAGCAGCAUAAUGCAGUUUAUUAAAAGAGAAAGAGGUUUCAAUUCUGUGCACAUGUGCCCUGGAAUAAGAUGCCUUGCUCGGAUGUCAGACAAACUUCUGAAUAAAUAUCCUAACUAGGCAUAGGUUAGGCUGAAUAUGAAAGAGGGUACAAAAUAUUUUACAGGCUGACAUACAUAUGCAAAAAAGUUAAACCAGAGUACUUCUGAUAAUAAUCCAAAGCAAUCAAAUCCCACUGACUUUGGCUUCCAUCGAAGUAUUUUGGUGUUACCAUUGAACAGUCUUUUACCAACCAAAAUUUAUGUUGGCGGUAUGAUUUGAAUUCAUGAAUUUAUAGUGAGUUUCAGAAACAUUCAAAAAUGUGUCUGAAAAUUGCUGUUAUAUAGUUUUUAAGUAUGUUUGCUGUGAGCAUGCUACAAUAUUAUUCUGGAAGCUCUUUCAUUCCUACCUACCAAUAUGAUUACCGCACUUUUCUGUGUGUAAGACGAUGUGUUUUUUUUACUCUAAAAUAAUGUUCAAAAUCAGGGGUCAUCUUAUACGUGGAUAGUGCUGAGGGGGGACGGGCGAUUAGUUACAGCCGCGAGCAGGAGCUUGUCAGCAGCGAUAGGGUUGGUGAUUGGUGGCUGCGGCAAUGGCUGCUGUGGAUUGGCUGCCACUGCGUCAGUUGGGCAUGCACUUGCCAGCUGCUGGUUUAUGGCUUCUGUGAUGCAUGCAAUUGGCAGCAUUUGUCAGUCUGGUGAGUGAUUUUUGGCACCCCCCCAAAAAAAGCUCAACAACUCUGGGCCAUCCCCCCCCAUUUUCUUAAAUUGGAUUCCCCCAAAAUAGGGGUCGUCUUAUACAUGAGGGCAUGUUAUACAUGGAAAAAUACGGUAUGUUAUGCCUGCAGGUUUGGAUAUCUUUUGUAGAUAAGAAAUGCCUUCUCUUUUACAGAGGGUAUUUUUGGCUUUUAGUAUUAUUUUACAUUGUUUUAUUAUUAGUAUAAUCAAGGGGAACAAGCUAAGGUUGCUUUUUUUUAAAGCUGUGAUUCAACAGCUGAGGACUCACAUAGGCGUUUUGGGAACCACUCACUAGAAACAUUGCAAGAGGUUGCCCCAGGUUCAAGAAGAGAGCCCUCAUCAGAACCUAGGCAUCUUCCUCUUGUAGUUUCCUAUCAGAUUCCAGCAUGGUAAUGAAGACAUUAUAACUACAGUGGCCAGUGGCAAAAGAGGAGCACAUUCAUGCACCUUAUAUAGAUUAAGUUAGAAGAAGGAAUUUCAGCAGGAUUCUACCCCCAGUCAGUCUCAAAGUGCCCUCUGACAGUUUACCAGGUAAAUAAGGGCCUUCUGUGGGUGCCACCCUGUGAGGUGAGGUGGGUUGGUAUCUGGAAGAGGACCUUCUCAGUGAUGGCAACACAACGAUGUGUGUUGGAAAGUAUGCCUGUUGCCUACUUUGUUGUCCUUUUGGCACCAGGAAAGGGCAAUCUUCAGCCACCAUGACUUCUAAAUCAUUUUAGCCCUGCGGAUUGCCUUUAUCUGGCAGCAACCAUUUUGCUAUGUGCUUGGGCCCCACACACAUUGGCAGAGCAUGCAUAAGCCCAUCCCAUUGUGUUCCACCUUGUUCUGCCCCUGUUCUGCCCUCUUCCAAGUCCCAAAAGACCCAUGCAUCAGCAGCAGCGCGUCAAUUGAGCGCGAGCAAAAUGGUCGCUGCCUGUACCUGUAUUUUAAUUUGAUUUUUCUUCUUUUAAUGUAAUCUGUCUUGGAAAUUUCUUUGGAAGGGCAGUAUAGGCAUUUCUAUACUUACAGAAUGUUCUGAAGCCUAUUCUCAGGAUCAGCCUUCAGUUCUGGAUUAUAUGACAGUGUGUUUCUCUCUUUUGUAAAUAUCGGCAGCCUUUAUUGGGCACCUCUUACUAAGCAAACAAGGGUCCAUCUCUCUCUCUGCACUGAAGGAUCUCAAGCAACUAUGCCUGCUGCUCCUUUCUCUGCCCUUCCCUUCUGGCAACCUAAGCUGUUCUCCUUCAAAUACUGUAUAGUUUUGCAUGCAAAAGAGACCAUGUUAGUCCCCAGCAACUCCAGAAGUGUUUGGGAAAGUCUCCUUGGCUGAACCCUCAGACAGCUGCUGCCAGACAGAGGAGACAAUACCAAAUUAGAUGGACUACUGAUCUCAGUAGGGAUAUGGUUGUUUCAACCCAAAGUGGCAUACGUUGAGUGAGUGAAUAGCCAGAACUGGAUAUGACCCACAGCUGUCCAAGAUUUUAAAACAUAAAAGGGAUUGUGCAAAACCUUUCGUCAACACAACUCAGUUCAUAUAACUAAGAUACACUUUCAUUUGGCAGUAUGAUUUCAGCAUGUUAAUUAUAACAUCUUCAUUUGGCAUUUAGGGAAGAUCCACAUCAUGCACUUGAAGUGCAUUCAACAUAUAUUAAAAGCACAAGACACCCCCCCACCCCCAAAUCCUGGGAACUGCAGUUUACCCCUCAUAGACCCACAAUUCCCAGGACCCUUAAUAAACUACAGUUCCCAGAAUUCUUUGUAGAAAAUAAUGAGCUUUAAAUGUAUGUUGGAUGUGCUUCAAAUGUAUGCUGUGGUCCUGUCUUUAUGUACUUUAUUUACUACUAGCACAAAAUAUUUUUGGCAAUAUUCUCUGCCACUGUUUUGCUCUAGCCCAGUAUUCCCUGUAUUGGAAAAGGGUGUGUGGACAGAACGCAGCAUUGCCCUGGAUUAUUCUAGUGUGUCAGGAGUGUACAGUGCAUAGUGCAGCAGGAGUCUUCGAUGGCAAAAAGUUAGGUGCAGCUCAGAGCUACAAAGCCUCUUCCCAUUCCUAUGGGGUAGUAACAAAAUUGUAACCUGCAGUGGAGGAUAACCUGCCUCUAGUAUUCAAAAUUUGAAACAUGUGUAUGGUGGAAGGCGAAGCAUUUCAUUCCCAGUCUACUUCUUUCCCUGUCCCCGCAUCAAAAAACAUGCUGCCUUGAGGAACUUGGAGCAGAUGCUGAGACUCUUGCAGCUGAGGCGUAUCACGCCAGCACGAUCCUCUAGCAACAGCAUGUGAAUGACACCAAUGUGGUUACGGUUAAUGCCCUUUCUUUGUGGUUAUUCCCCAGGCUGCUGAGGCUUCAGAAUUAACAUGAAGCUAAUUACCGUAUCUCAGUGUUGACAUUUUGCAUACGCUGCUGGGUCAUCAUAACUUGGAUUCUGUGACUCCAAGCUACUACUAUAAUUAUGAAAAUCCUGUGAAGGGUUUGGCUGUUUAUUUUUAAUGGUUUUUUUCUGCCAGCAAAUCCUCUUUUAUUCCCCCCCUUUCUUCCUUGCAGCAAUUUCCCCCCCUCCUAAGGUAGCACAUUUCUGCUUCAUUUUGAGUACUCCUGAGAGCUCAGUUGCAGGCUCCCAGUUAUAAUCGUGUUGUGACAGAUUGGCUUCAGCUAUGAUGACUUAAAUACAACCAACAGAGGGGAAGCAUGAGAGAUAAUCCUUACCAUCCUUCUCCAUUAGCAUAAGCAGCUGCCUUAGGGACAAGCUAGACAUGAAGUUAAUUAUGUGAAUGUGGUUAAGGCAGGGAUAGUGAAUGUGGUGCCCCCUCAAGAUGUUGUUGGACUACAGCUCCCAUCAUCCUUGCCCAUUAGCCAUGUUGGCUGGAUCUGAUAGGAGACAGAGUCCGGAAACAUCUGGAGGGCACAAUCUUAACUGGGUUAAGAUGCACACCUAAAAAACAGUAAAUAGCAGUCACAGAGGGUUCUAGCAGAAGCAGAACUGUAGAGGUUGUGGAAGAAGUUUAACUCUUUUCUUCCUUGCCAUGUUCACCCCCACCAAAUCUUCCACAGCUUCUAUUUGCAUCAGAAGGGAAUCUUUUUAUUGGUGCCAACAGAGUCAGUACAUUAGUUUGUUCACUCAAGGAGACAGUACUUUCCACAUCCUUUUUAUUUACCAUUGGUGGCCAAUGAGGUGAUUCACCAGUAACCAUUCUGUGGCGAUCAAGGAGUACCAUGGGAUUCAUUUCCAUGCUUUGUUAUGACUGACUGGUAAAAGAGACGGGAUAUAAAUCUUUGUGUAUAAGGCGCAUCGCAGCACUGGGAGGUUGUGGAAGUGAAGAGGGAAGAGGCCAUAGCCAAAGCCAUCCGAGCACAUGGUUGCUGAUAUGAUAUCCCAGUGCAGAUCCAGGCUGCUUCUGCCUCCACUACCACCUCCCAUCUCUUACGGUACAAGUGGGAAUUCCAUUCCUCUCUUGAUUGUCAGGCAGCGGCUGCAGGCAUAGCAAAGCCACCUCACCAGCUGCCACUGCUUGCUACCUAAGAUGCCAAGGAUUGAACCUGGAACCUUCUUCAUUCAAAGCAGAUGCUCUCUGUUGCUGAACCAUGGUUCCUUCCCCAGCUAGCAGUAUACUAAAUGAAAAAUGCCUGAGAAAAUCUGUAACACACUUGAGUUACCUAUACACAAACAGUGCAUUGGGAUUUGCAGUGCGCUGCAACAGGGUUUUUGUGGGGUGUAGUAGGCUAGUUUGCACAACACGAUAAACCAAACCAUGGCUUAGUAAGAAUGCAUGGGCUCCAAGAGAGGAGUUUACAGCUGCUUUUCUCCUUUUGACUGUUGUGGUUUAUUGGGCUAAGCCAAGACUUGGUUUAGCAUGUCCAAACUGGGACUCAUGGUUAAGCUUUAUCCUCACUAACCACAAACUGUAGCCAAGAACAAACCUUGACUACUGCUCAUGGUUAGUGAGGUCAGAGCUUAACCACAGACUACAUGCUAAGCCAAGCCAUGGCUUACUUUAGCAUAGCAGGCCAGCAAGAGGAAUGGGCAGGAGGAGCAACGUGGCUGCAAGCUUCUCUUCAGGAGCCCACACAUUCGCAUCGUUUUGGUAAGCCAUAGUUUGGCUUACUGUGUCAUAUGAACAAGGAGGAUGAAUACGGGAGCCCAAGUUGAAGAAAGAGCCGAAUAUCUCCUUUCUAGCAUUUCUGUACCAGUUCUAUCACACAUUCUGCAUCUGAUCCAUAUAUGGACAAAAGUCAAUCUCCCCCGGGUCUCAGAGUGGUGCUUGGUUGCUCAUUGCAUUAGCAGAAAGCUCACCUCUUUCUCCCCCAGCUGUUCUCUCUGCUUCUUAACUCUUCAAACAGGCAAAGAUGUAGCAGAGGGGUCACUUGGCAGCCUUCCCCCCUCCUCUGAAGCUUGUGCUGAAAAUGUGUUGGACUUAAUGCAAGUAAACAACUUUAUUAACCAGAUUAUAAAUCAUUUUGAAACUUUAAAGCGUAUGUUGAACACUCUUGUACUCUGCAACCAGAGAAAACAUUUUUUAAAAAAAUAAAGAAUAAAGAAUUGACCAUAUAAUAGCUACUUUCCCCCAAACUGCUAAGCAAAAUAAAUUAAUCAAUGUACAUUUUUAUGAACUUUUUAUUAUUCAGAGCUCUGAUUUCAACAUUCUAAAUACUGCCCUUCCUUCAUCAGUGGCUGGCAGCUUAUUAAAUGCUGAGGGCCACGUAGGCAAAAUGUAAUGAGCUGGAUCACUGUAGUUAAUUUAAGAUGUUUUUAAUUGCUAAUUUACAUAAUUAUCACAUCAAACUCUAAUUGAUGGGUAUGUUAACCUCCCCCCACCUCACCUUUGCAAUACUUUUAUAGUGAAGCUGAUAAGCUUGAUAUUUGGAGAUAGACCUAAUCCUCAAGUUGUGUGAAUGGUAUGGGAAGUAGCUGUCUUGUGGGUUAGUACAUUCCUGUUAGUGGAACUGCUCAUUUUCAGGUGGUUCUAUUUAUGUGGUUUAAAUUUAUACCAAACCAUAUGGGAAAUGCUUCACUCAAGCGGCUUCUGACAUGGCUUGGGACCUCAGUGCCACUCCAGUAAUGUGGAAAUAGAGCCUUGCAAACCAAGAAACCCCAAAUGUGUAAUACUGCAGACAGCAUUCAAGGCAGAGAAAAAAUAAGAAGGGACUGCAUAAGACAACUUUCAAGGGUUUCAUAUAUUUUAUUUUAUUUUACUCUUAUGUUUGACUGACUGCCACAUUUCAGGAUUCUCAUAAUGCACAUUUUUUUCCCUUCAGGAGUUGAUGAAUGCAUUAGAUUUCAUAAAUAAGUAUUUUAACCACCUUUUAGUAGUAAAAAACUAGUUGACUGAUUCAGGAUACUCAUCUAGAAAUUCACAGUUCAAGGCGUGAAACUUAAAUGGUAAAUAGUACCACCUUCUGACACUCAUGUGUCUGGCAAAGGGCUUAUCCAAACUUCCUAUUAUUAUUACCCCCCCCCAUUCACCCAAAGGUCCCAGGGUAGGUCACAACAAUUAAAACACAACAUGGAUAUUAAAAACACAAUAUUACUCAAUACUGAAAACAGUUUAAAACAACUUAAAAGUAUGCCUUUGUGUCCGUUUACACAGAAGUUCACUGCUUGUUUGCAGCAUUUUAUCUUAUUUUUUAAAAAAUUAUUUGUAAUUUUCAUUUAUAUACAUUACAACAAUUAUUUUGCCAAAUUUUAACAUUUUCAGUUUUGACCCCCUUUCCCCUUUUUGCAGUUCUUUACAUUUAUUUUCGUCCUUUCCUGCAUACUCCAAAUUGUUUUAACUUAUUCUUUUAUUCUCUCUCUCUCUCUUACACACACACUUGAUUUCUUAUUCCUCCAGUAACUUUUGCCAUUUCUGCAUACUCCAUUAGUUUCUGUGUCCACUGUUGGUAUCUUUCCUUCAGAAAGAAUAUGAAGAAAUGGUUAUAGAUAUGGAGGAAUAUGGAAGAACAAUAUACUAACUAUUAAUUAUGUUUUAUCUACUUUUAGAACAAAUGAGUGAGGAAUAAGAUUUUCUUUUUUGGGGGGUGGGAAGCUCUGUUGAUGAUCCAACGUCAUGUUGAGCAUGCCAGGCAACUUGGCUUUAAGCCAGUUUAGUGUCACAUAGAGGAGACUGUGUGGGUUUUAGUCACUUGAGGCAAAACAAAACCAUACAUUCGCACAUCAUGUUUGCACCAAGAACCAGUCUGCUCCACCAGACCCUUCCAUGCACCCAGUUUUCCUUCGCCUGGCAUCUUUCCCAGGACUAUUCUAAACAAGCAGUUCGCCCUGCUGCUGCAACAGAAACAAGCAGCUUACUUUCCCCUGCGCUCCUCGAAUGACGGCUGUUUUUCUAGAGAAUACUGACACAUAGUGGAAAGGCCAGGAACUGGACGGACUGGGUGGAGGAGUUGCUCCUGGCUCCUUCUCUUCUUGGAUCUGGCAUUUUAGCCUUUGAAUGUUGAAAAUAUCGUGAGUGGAGGGGAAAGGAAGGGCAACGAAGAGAAGGAGAAAUAAUUUAUAAGUACCUCCAAUAAAACACGGCCAAAGUAUGCAAAACAUUUUGGAAAUGCCAGCAGCAGAGGAGGAAACAUUUUUAAAUGUAAUGAAAGCAAAAUUUAGUACUGUUUAAUUAUUUUUCCAUGGAAUAUUUCCUUGUAUAGCAACGCUGUUACGACGCUGCUAACCACAGAAUUCAGUAGUAUUUACUUACUAUUACUAGCCGGAGUCUUUAUGGGCCGAUUUCAAAGUGGAACAAAAUCACUGGCAUCUCUUUCCCUCAGACAAACUAUUCCAAGCAUCACCUUUACCAACGUUUUUACAAAGAGAAGGCCUGAAAGGCACAGGCUGUUCCACUUAUUAGGAAGUGGUCUAGAAAGUGUCCAAGUCAGCGUAGGCAUUAGAAAAAUGGUUACUGUUUGAGAAAUGGACUGACAUCAGGCCCAAAAGGGACUGGUAAAUCUUCAUCUAGUCUAGACUCUUGCCUAAUACAAACCACAUUUAUCAAGCUAUUGUGGUACUACGUGCAGCUAAACUAAAGCACAUAUUAGAGGGGGCGGUGGAAAGACAUCCAGGAUUGAAGUAAAUAGCAGUUUGGGUUUGGGUUUGUGUAUCGUCUCGGACUGAAUUAAAAUGGAAGUAACUCUUCAUUUUAGGUGCAUUUCUUUAAAAACGUGAGUUUUAUGUUCUUGCGCCUAUGCUGGACUACUGUAUAAGGGGUGAGGGACACUGCUUUUACAGAUGCACAAAAAUAUAUUUCAAAAAUAAAAGUAUCCUUUUGAAAACAGUUUUUUUUCAAGCAGGUGGUCUGGUGGGAGAGUGGACAGAGAAUAUUUUUUAUUACCAGUAACGAAACAGGUACUAGUUCACAUGUGCCUAAGAUGGCUACAUAACCACAGUCCAAGAAAAGCAGUAGAAUAAUCAGCUUUGGGAGAAAUGACAUACUUCUACUAGAAGUAUGUAAUGAUAGAUAAUGUAGUUUCUCUCAAUAGACAGACUGGAGUGUGCAUGUGUGUCCCCGCAGGAUCUGACUAAGAAAUGUGCAUUCAGUUAUAUGCAAUACACAUUUGUCUCAAGGCAGAUUUAGACCUGAGCUGGGCUGAAUAUUCAUAAUCACUCAAAACAGGAGUUUUUUGGGGGGGAAUAUACAUUGUGAAGGGUUAGAAAACUAGCAGAACAACUGGGACUGAGAAGCAGGCAUCUGUAGAACUGAACAACAUUUAAGAGAAGGAAACCUUCAUUGGUACUGAAAUGCAGUCGCAUCUCUGCUCAUAAAGUUUUAUUUAGAUUCAUCUGUUUUUCCACUGUUUUAUUUAGACUCAUCUAUUUUUUCUGUUGUGGCAUAUCUGCUUAGGUUAGCUGGCACUCACCUAUGCAUCUGUACAGGUGUAUGGGUAAAUAAAAGAUAGAUAAGGUGAGUGGAUAAAUUUUAUAUACACACACAAACACACACUGCCCAAAAGUUUUUGUCUAUGGACAUACGUAGCCUCAGUAUAAAGAUAAUCAGGUAUAUCAAUGCCUUGGCUUAGAAUUUCUUCAGAUGGUUUGCUUUCUAUUUGUCAUCAUCUGAGGGAUUCGGUUUAAAACAAAAACAGGCUUCCAGCAUAAAACACAAUGCUACAUUCCUGAAACAUGAGAUGAACAACCUUUAAUUUGCACAAGCUUUCAUUCGCAGGAACAUGAAAUGGAUGGCGCACCAUCAUUAUGGACAAUGUCUUUUUUUGCUUUUAAGCCAAUACAAAAGGCUAAGUAAGAUGUUUAAACAUUUAAAGAAAUCUCCUGGUGGUCUCUCCUAUUCUUUCUGUCUCCCCUUCAUUUCUACUGAUUACAUGGAUUGCAUGCUGUGUUCUUCAACCUCUACUUACUGUUGGCUUGGAGUAUAAGGCUCCCUCUUAGCAGAACCCUUUCAAAACUCUUAAGGUCAGAUUGCGGAAAAAUCUCAGCUGCUGGACUUGGAUCCUCUGAGCUAGUAACCAUUUAUAAUUAAUAUUAAUGAAUGGCAGAUGACAGCUGUUUAUUGCUUAAGUAGAAAUGCGCAUUGCAAAACCAGAAGGAUUUAGUUUAAACUCCAAGGAAUUGACUUCAUUACUGGGACAGAUGACUGGAGAAGGGAGAAAUUGCCAGUGUGGGAUCCAAGUGCUGGAAUACCAAAAUCUGUACAAUGCAGUGCAAUCCAGAAAAGGUGCUCUGCUUGUUCUUUAUUAUGAGUUCAUCAUACAGGGCACUGUCUGAAGAAUUUACCAAAGUAUUCCAAGGUUUAGCUUUAUUACGUUUAUAUAUUGCUGUCCACUGGAAAAAAUUCCAGAGUGAUUUAUAAUAAUAAAAAUACAUAAACAUAUUAAAAACAUCAAAUCACUGAUGCAGCGCAUAUGCCUGAGAAAACAAGAAUGCAUUUGGCUAAGGUCGAAACAAUGAGAAAGUUGGCACCAGACUGGCCUCCUUGGCGCCAUAGACAGGAACGUGGCGCCAUAGACAGGAACGUACAACAGAAAAGGCCCAUUCUACUGACUUACCCAUGCACUGAAGAAUUCAAACUUUUGCCAAAGCAGCUAUAGUAAUGGUAGUUUUUAAUACUCAAAUGUUACCCCUGCUUUGCGGAUGUGGUACACACACACAGUCAAGGCAGUGAUAGAAAAUACAGCAUUGGAAUUUAGGUCUCUUGGCUUUUCAGUCCAAUGCCUGAUUGAUUGAUUGAUUUAUUACAUUUGUUGAUUACAUUUGUAUCCUGCCUUCCUUCAAGAAACUCAAGAUGGUGGGCACUGUCCUCUCACCACGGCCACCCAAUUUUACCUUUAUAGCAACCCUCUAAGGUAGGUCAUGCUAAAAUAUAGUGAAUAGUCCAUUAUUACCCAUUGCGCUUCAUUGCCGAGUAGGGUUUUGAACUGGGGUUCCCUAGUCUAAUACGCUAACCACUGCACUACAAAGCUCUGGUUCAAUCAAUCCCUUAUUAACUACCCUUCAACUGAACUUGGUUCCAGUUCUGAUAAAAUGUUCCAGUCCCAAGAACAGACUGGCAUGCCAGUCAAUCUGCAGUGAUCAUACCAAUGAAUCCCUCUUUGCCUGAACCUUUGGAUUCUCCUACCCUGCCUCUCAGCAUCUUCAACCAAAGAGUUGCCAAAGAUCAGCCCAACUGCAGUUGAGUCCUCUUCUCAUCAAAUUAACCCUCAAGACCACAAACCAUCAGGGGGUUGUGAAUGAAUUAUUUAUUACGAUCAAAGGCCAAUAUUAUCAGAAACGCAAAUAAAUCAUACAGGGGGGUUGUCAUAUUGCCUGUGUGACUAAUUGGCCCCAGUAGUGGCUUUAAAAACACACCACACACUAGUUUUUACAUCCAAAUCCUCAACCACUAAUGUCCUGUCCCCUCUGCCACCCAAAAUAAAGCAUUUUCAGAUACCUUUACAGAUGCAUUUGUGGAAUGGUUAUUUUCAUGUGGGAGCUGUGAUUUUUUUCCCCUGGGCAUUAGUGUGAGAAGAACCAAUUCAGGUUCUUUUAACCCUCCUUCAAAACCAUCUAAGUUGGUUGGCAGCAUUACAUAUUGUGCCAAGGAAUCAUAUAGUUUAUGCUUCGUGAAUAAGUGCUUUAAAAAACAACAAACCUGUCCUAAAUAGCUAAUCACCAAGUGAUGAACUUCCCAGCCCAUAAUAUGCUACACAAGCAGAGUGACUUGGGAUCAAAUGCACUAUUAAAAUACGAAAAUGUUAGAGAGUCAUUGUGAUGUUUUGGGGCUCUUGUAAGAGCACGACUGGAUAACAAACUGGUGAACAUAUUGUUUAAAACUCCACAGCGGCAUCUAUUGAAUAAAAUGAAGAUGCAGCCUCUGUCUCCACAUGAAUGAAUCAGAGCAUUAAUCCUUCACAUUUUCCCUGUCUCUUUAUAAACAGUUGGCUGCUAAUUUCAGUUUCUGUAAAAGCUAUGGCACUACAAACAACCAUAAAUUCACUGCUCAUUCUUUUGGGGGAUUUGGAAAAGAAUAAACUUGCUACAUUCUUGCAAAAGUGAAACUGGAUAGAACCUACAUGUAGAAGUUUGUAGUUUGCAUUUAUAUUCCCAUCAGAGGAAACAACCCUAAUUCACAGUAUCAUGAUUUUUAUUGCUAAAGGGCUGCUGGCACAGUGCAGAGUGAAAUCAAUAUAGAACAUGGAUCUUACUUACAUGGUUUUGCUCAUGUUUAAAACUAACUUCAGUUUAAGGAGCAAUAGAAAGGGGGUAUACAGUGGUACCUCGGGUUAAGAACUUAAUUCGUUCCGGAGGUCCAUUCUUAACCUGAAACUGUUCUUAACCUGAAGCACCACUUUAGCUAAUGGGGCCUCCUGCUGCUGCCGCACAAUUUCUGUUCUCAUCCUGAAGCAAAGUUCUUAACCUUUCUGGGUUAGCGGAGUGUGUAACCUGAAGUGUAUGUAACCUGAAGCAUAUGUAACCCGAGGUACCACUGUACUGUACAGGAGAUUCAUGCAGUUGCGAGGUUUAUGAAUGGAACAAAUGAACAGCAGCUAGUGAGAAAAUUGAUGAAGCAUAAAUAGUUAAAUGCCACUUCACAUACUACAGACAACUGUGGAAUAGAGGGCCAUAGUGAUGGCUGCUUCUCUGCACAAUAUUUUAGCUCAGAAAGGAUGCAACCUAUUCCCUUUUUCAGUUCUGCUUUCACUCCAGGAGCUAAGGUGGAAAUUCCACUCCAAUACACAGGAUCAAACUCAUUAUGUUUGAGAAAUGCCAAAAAAGUAUACUGACUUUUUCUCUGGUAACCAGAACAAACCUUUUAUUUCUGAAACUGAACACCUAAAUAUUCCUGCCACCUAUGCUUUGUAUUCAGUUCAGCAUAUGCUGUCUCAUUCCAUCUCUACAUGGCAGCAUUUGGUGGUCUACUACCUUUUGAAGCCUAAACACAAACUGAAUAAUAAUGUGAAUUAAUUCCACUAUAUCGAGUCCUGCAACAAAUCCCAUUUAUGUCCCCAGUGAUUCUCUCUGCUAGCAUUUUUGGUGUCAGCCGUAGCAACCAAUCGCUUCAAAGCAGUUUCGCUAAAUAAGACCUACAGUUUAUAUACAGCUAAAGGGUAGUGAUGGUUGGGGAGAUUCAGAGCCCAUUCAAACAGAAAAAACCCCUCUUCUCUACAUCAGAGAUGCCCAGAUCUGCAAGUGCUAAUGGACUCAAGGAAGUGUGGCAAUUGCUUGGAGUUCUGCAAUUUGAUUUGAUUUGAUUUGAUUACAGCCCCCUUCGCAGGAUAAAGGGGCUACAGGGUUGCACCUUUUAGGCCCAUUCCUGGUGUCACCUGGCUUCUUCUGACCUGUCAAGUGCAAGCAGGCUGCCUCUAUGGGUUGGAACCCUGACUCUUCAGGGCUACAGUGUAUGAAGACAGCUUGCACAUCUUCAGCAGACUUCCAUCCUUCAGACUGCCCCCCCCCCAUGCAUGAACAGCAUGGGGUCAAAGCCAGAAAGGGGUGCACCACUACAGAAAGGGGGGGGCAUUCAUUUAUUUUUCAGCUUUAUUGUUUCAUUCAUCUCAUAGUGACAUUCUGUUGGCAGGUAAUACAGUAUGAAAUUGAGUCAAUAAAUGCUCCUGGACAGAGAAAUGGAAGCUUUCAGAAAUUACUCUUUCCACAUAUCACCAUACAUUUAAAGCCCAUAGCCUCCCCCCACAAGGAAUUCUGGGAGCUGUAGUUUACCCCUAACAGAACCGAAAUUUCUGUCGCCCUUCAUGAACGACAGUUCUCAGGAUUCUUCGGGGGAAGAUGUGCUUUAAACAUAUGGUAUGGCUGUCAGUGCUUAUGUGGGCUAAUGCUAUUCAAACCUGAUCUGAAAGGGUGCCUUCGGUUCCCUACGCUGGUUUUGCUCCCAUAUUUGGUAUCAGGAAGUAGUUUAGAAAAUAUUUAACUCUCUCCGCCCCCUCUUCCUUGUAGCAUAUGGUUUGGCCUGAGUUGGAUGGAACCAUCUGUUCUACAGGUCUCUUGCUAUGUUGCAGUCCAUUUCCUUCUGUUCUCUGUGAUAUAUGGUAUUCCACGUUAUGUGUUAAGUAGUGGAGAGGAGAACGCAACAGGACAAAUGGCAAAUGGUGCGUGGAUUGAUUCUCUCUUGAAGCAAGGUCAUUGGACUUUACAAUCAUCUAGCCCUGAUUUUGGGAACUAAGGAAAUAGAUGGCCAAUGGCAUAAGAAAAGUGUUGCACAAAUUUCAAAUAGUGCACAAUGUAUUUACACAUUGGUUUAUUUCAGUUAUUUUUAAGUGCGAGUUCAAAAAGAAGCAGUAUCAUUGUUCAUUACAAAGUGGUUGGAUUGCAAAUCCUUUUAACAUGAAAUCAAAUUAUUCCUUUGGGUGCUCUCUCCCAUUGUAAUAUUGUUCUAGAAUGAGUUCAGAUUAUCUGCCAGGAUAGAAGCAUCUGUCUCUUAUCAUGUAUAACUUUUCCUGAUUAUUUCUCGAAGGGCAGACUAAACAUGCAGCUCUGACAUAAUACAGCAUCAGAUCUGUGUUUCUGGUUUGCUCAAAUGCCUCCACUAGCUGAACUAAAAUCUCAAAAAGAAAAGGAAAAAAGAAAAGAGCAAUAGCCAUGACCUCAAGUGAAUCUAAUGGGAGAGGUUAGAGUGCUGGAAGACCAAUAACAAACAUCACACUCACCUUAUGUGGAAAUGUUGCUGCUGAAUGCAUACCUGUAGCCAUAACCUUUUUCAGAAUAAUUCAAACUGUGUACCACCUGUUCAGUUCCUGUCCUAAGUGGUGGGAAUUACUACAAAACUUGGUUGGUUGUUUUCUUCAUGGUACGUCUGAAAGAAGAUGGUCAGAUCAUGUUGAAUGUGUAAAGUCAUUUGCAGCUCCCUUGCCUAGCAUUAAAUUAGCACUGGAAGACUUCCUAGGACUAAAUUUGACAGCCCAAAUGAGAAAUGAAUUCCAUGGAGAUUUAACAUGUGACAUCUUUUGCUUGUGUGUUACUGGCAGUCAUGCGGUACAAAAUAUUAGCUGGCAUUGAUAUAUACAACAAAGUCAUCAAGAUAAGAGAUGCCACACUGGAUAUUGAAGUAGCAAACAUAGAAACUCUCUUCACAGAGCUGAUAAAACUUCAAAACAACUGGAAAUGCCUGUGGAAUGAAGCCAAACUGGUUGCAUCAAACUUAAAUACAGAAAUAAAACUCUCCCAUAGAUGUGAUGGAGUCAGGCGCAAGAGGGCAAGGCUGCAUAACGACAGCACACCUACUGCUAACAUGGAAGAAAUGAAUAGCAUAGAUGAUAUUCCAGAAGAGGCCUACUUCAGAAAGUGUGUGUUUUACAUUUUGGUAGCAGGAUUAACUGUCCGCUUCAAUGCUUUUAAGCGCUUGGCAGAAAAUAUUGAUUUCUUAUAGAAAUAUUUCACCAUGUCCAAACGUGAUGUGGAGAGGAAAGCCUUAUCUUUAUCAGAGGAAUAUCCUGCUGACCUUAAUGGUGAAAAUUUUGGAAAGGAAAUGCAACAUUUACCCUCAGUAUAUAAAGCAAAUUUUGUAAAUGCACAGUUAAAGCCAUUAGAUCUGUUGAACGUGUUAACAGACUACAAAGUACAGAUUUUCAAAUGUUUGUGUUAGCUUAAGAAUACUAUUAACAAUAGUAAGCAACAGCAGCUUCUGGAGGGAGGUCAUUUAGCAAACUUCAGCUAAUUAAAAAUUAUUUAAGGUCCACAGUGUCUCAGGAACAUCUUGUGGAUUUGGCCAGGAUAAGUAUUGAAUCAAACAUUGCCAGGGCAAGUAAUUUUCAUGCUGUCAUUCAAAAUUUUUCACAAAAAGGCCAGGAAAUAUCUUUUUAAAAAGUAAAUAUUAAGUUUAUAUGCCCUUUUAAAAACUAAUAUGAAUACUUCUGCAUUCUUUCUCCUUAUCUGCAUUGUAGCAUAAACAGUUGUUCAAAUCAAAUUUGCUUUAUUAUCUCUGAUCUUCUUUAUUUUAUUUAUAUGUGUCUAAAUUUAUAGUGGAAGGGGUAUAUUAGCAUAAGGCCUUAAAUGCAGAAAAUUGACAGAGCACCCCUCUCCACUCCUUUCUCCUCUUCCAUAUCCCGUUUGACCUUACAGGCUGCAGCUCAUGGCCUAAAACUGUAGCGGAUAAAAACAGAACGACUAAGAGGCCAUGUAUGCUUCAUAAAUUGUGUUUGUGCAGAUACAUAAUCUGGCUGCAAGGAUGAUUUGCCAUAAGGUGGACCAACGGGAUAGCCUGUUGCUGCUCAAACCUCUCUCUUUAAAUGAUACGGCUGUGUGCUUGAGCCCAAGGGAAGAGUGCAAGUGUGUGGCUGCGGACAGACAGCAUGAUGUAGUGCUUGGACUAGGACCAAGGGAGGCCUGAGUUCAAAUCCCCAUUUGGCCAUGAAACUCGCCUGGGUGACCUUGGGCCAGACUCUCACUCGCUCAGCCUAACCUAAAAAUGUCAUUAGUAAUAAUAACUUGGAAGCCACAUGUUCUAAUGCCAGCAUCCAUAGAGCUCUUCAUUCUGCUUCCCGUGCCAGCAGGACUGUGCUAGUAGAUAAUUUCAUCCCAGCCUGCAACCAGGGUAAAGCUUCUGGGAGGUUGGGGAGCAGGAUUGGCAUUUACUCUCUUCCUUUAGAAAUGGCACAAGUCGUUGAGUACCUGAAAUACUGGGGAAUCAUGCUGUUCCUUGAAUGAAUUAAAAAAAAGGCUAGCAAAUGAAAAUGCAAUCACUUUCGUGCUGGAUGGGAGCCUUGGGAGAAGGGGUCCUUAAAAUUAUGUUUUUGGCAGACAUCUGUGGAGUUCAGUCUGAGUGUAUUUGAAAGUUGGCCCUUCUCCAAAAAAUUGGUCAUGCUUCUUGGAAAUGAGAAAGGAGCUAGGAAUUUAUGUAACGUUGCAUUAAUGGACUAUAGGUGACUUGAAGUUGACCCAGGAGUAAACAAGAAUUGCAUCAGUGGUUUUGGAGACACUGGCUCUUCCAGAGCAUUUUCCCAAUCGGGGAUUGUUAAUUGGAGUUAUAUAUCUGUAUGCUUUCCUUUUUAAGCCAUAUUGAAUUGAUUUAUGGAAAGAGGCAACAAAAGCACUGCUAGCUGGGUGCACCUUAAUGAAGCUUUCCCCACAUAGCCUUGCACUAUUGUCAUUGUCCUCCUACCAUGGUGGACUUGCAGGCUAGUAAUUCCAGGUGGGACAAGCUCAUGGAGCUUUAAAUUAUACACCUUCCCCUACCGCCUUUGCAUUCCAUGCAUAAUUCAGUGUGCAAGGUUCAGCAGGUGAAAGAGUAGACUUCAUUUAUACAAACAUUCAGCACAUUCUUGCAAUUGUUAAUAAGAAUCUGCAUCUCUGGUUCACGGUUUUUGAUUACAAUUCCCACUCUUGUUUCUUUCUGUGGGUUAAGCAGUAAUACCACAGCACAUUGGACUGGGAGUAAUUCCCACUGAAGUCAAUGGGACCUACUUCUGAAAAGUCAAAUACAGGGUUGCACUGUUAGUUGUUUUAUAUUGACAUUUCUGCAGCUGAAUACCACAGCUGACUGUGUGAGUGCUAUCUUCCUGUAUCCUCUCAGUGUGGUAAACCAGAUUGAUUCACAGAGCACCAGUGUGGUUGAAAGAAAAAGAACAUAUAUAAUGUAUACACCCAGGAUAAUAGUGCUCUUCACUAUCCUUCCUGUUUUAACCCCAGACUUCUGCACAAGAGGAUGAGUUUUUUUCUUUUCACAUUGGAAAGAAUCCUAUUCUCUCUGAACAGACUGCAAAAGAUGGGUUCAGAAAGCUCAAUGGUGCCCCUUAGUGGAUUUUUAUUGCUACUUCACCUAAACCAAUGCAAUUUGUGACAUUCAGAACUACAGGAAUUGUUCGUUAUCCACCUUAAUUGUUGCAUUACAAAUAAUACUUCCAAUACUGAAAUCCAACUUAGUUUCAUUUACAUAUUUCUUUCCCCACAUAUUUGUAGAUGCAGGUGUCUCAAACCUACAAAUGGGCACACACUUUUGAAAUCCAGUUGCCACCAGCUGAUUUAUAUUUCUUCCUAGCAGACUAUAUACAAAUACUUUAUGGGAAAUAUAUUGCUAUAGGACAUUACUAAUGGUUAAAAUGUAUGCAGCAAAACUUAUAUUGAAUUCUAGCACAUUGCCAUUUAUUAUGUCUAAUUAUUUUUACUGAUAUGGUGGCUGCAGGCUAUAGAAUAACUCCUAUUGGAGAACAACUGGAGCAAUCCUAGAAGGAAUUUUUUACAAGAAUGAUCACCAAAAUGUCUAUGAAGUGUGAAAUACUUAAAAAAGAAAUGGGUGCAUUUUCUGUAUUGGAGUAACGUGUCAUGAUUAAGACAAGAGUUUGAAGUGGUGUGUGCUUCCAGUUACUGUUCACAUUUGUAGAAAUGCAGAGUUAAAGGGUGGGGGAGGGAAUAACAACAACCUCUGAAGAACAGUGAAUAUACGUUUUAAGGAAUGGUCUUGUUGCUUUUUGCUGUAGGAAGAAGAAGCAGAGAGGAAAGAAGAAAAAACCAAAAGACAGAAGAAAGCAAGGAAAACAGGCAGGAAAACAGUGGUCGAGAAUCUAGAAGACAAAACCGAGAACGGGACAACAAAAGUAAAACACAGUUGAAGAAAAGAAGAGCACAGGAUAAACAGCAGAAACCAGUAGCCACCAGCACUGUACACUAAAUCGCCUUUACACCACUGUUUAAGACUUUUGCUGCUGCUAUUUCCACCAGUUCUCUGAGGCUGGUGCUCCCCAAUUAAGCCACAAAUGGACAAUAUUUCCAGUUAUUCUUAAAUCUUAAAUGACAUUCCAAAUAAUUCCUAUUAUAUUCUUCAUGCAGUCAUAGUUUAUUCAAGAGACUGACAUGAGCCAAGAUUCUUUUUAAGUAAAAGAAAAACCCUUUAAAUGGGAUACUUUCAAACUGUUAUAUUAUAUGCUUCCAUGCAUCUCUAAGAGGCAAUUUAAAAGUUUUGUAUAUAAUUAUCAAUAUGGUAUAAGGUAUAGCAAUAUAUUGAAUGACAUCUGCGGGGGGAAAGUCUUUUUCCUUUGUAAAAUAUUUUUUCAAUCCAAUGUUUAUGAAGCAAGAGAUAUCUAAGUAAAAUAUACAGUAUCCCUUUGUGCAUAAUUAUAUAUGCUACAUUAGAGUCCGGAGAAAGAGGAAAUCUGUUAAGAGGUGUUGGGAAUCUAAGCUUUGAGGCUGCACAUUCUUAUCAGAACUCAGCUACCUGGUGGUUCCCUGGUUUUCAUCCCAGACUCAUGUGAGAAACUCCCAGCUGAACAGUUUCAGGGCUCUGAAAGCCAAGGGGGUAAAGUAGGGGAGGCAGAAGCCACAUUAAACACACCAGAGACUCUUUUUCUGAAGAACAAGCAAUAGCGCUUAGCUAUACAGCGCUCCUAUCCGCAGGACAGCACAACAGUUUCUGGUCUAAACCAUGAUUUAGACCUUGUAUGUGUGCUGUUCUAUCCUUCUUCUUUUUUUGUAACUCUGUGUAACUUAAAUCAGCAUUUCAAACCUUCCAGUGACUGAGAAAUCAUAUUUGUAGGAAAACAAACGAACGAACAAAACACGGAGCGAAUAAAGAACAGAGAAGACAGACCACGUAAAUAUAAUGUCAUUUUGCACUGUUGAUUUUUCCCCCUUUCAAUUUUUUUUAAAAAAUUAAACACCUAUCACACAAUCUGCUUUGUAAACAGAGAAAAAGAUGUUCUUUAGAAAUGUGCUAUCUAAUAAACUAAGGCCACUUUACUGAAUC